AGCGAGUCUCUCUAUCAAUACUCAGCGAGUCUCUCUAUCAGUGCUCAGUGAGUCUCUCUAUCAGUGCUCAGCAAGUCUCCUCUAUCACUACUCAGCGAGUCUCUCUCUCUCUAUCAUUGUUUUGUGAGUCUGUCUAUUAGUGCUUUGUGAGUCUCUCUAUCAGUGCUUCGUGAGUCUCUCUAUCAGUGUUCUAAGUUUCUCUAUCAGUGCUCAGUGAGUCUCUCUAUCAGUGAAUGUCUCUCUCAUUGCUUAGUGAGUCUCUGUAGCUGUAAGGCUCUCUAUCAUUGCUCAGUGAUUCUCUCUAUUAGUGAGUCUCUCUAUCAGUGAAGUGCAUGUAUCAGAGGGAGAGCCAGUGUCAGUCAGAAGUGUGAGCCUCUCUGUGUGAGGAGGAGGAGCCGGGGAAGGGCCGGGCAGCUGCUCUCAGUGUGUCGGUCAGACAGUGUCUGUCUCCGGGCUGUUUGCUGCAGCAUGCGGGGGAGAGGGCUACGACCCCCCAUGUGAGCACUGGACGUCCUAUGGGAGGCUGACCCCUCGGGCUGGGCAGGCUGAUGCAGCCGACAAGGUGAGUGAACAUUGUGGGGAUGAGAUUUCCUUCCACAGAUUCUCCUCUAUCUAAUCACUUCUUCAAUGAUAUCUGUGCCGUACAACUCAUACAGGAGUCUACCCUUCACACAGAAUCCUGAAUACCUACAGAUACAUGGAACAAACCCACGGCAUUCUAUCGUUUAUUUAUUAUUUAUUUAUCAAAUAUUUUACCAGGAAAGAUACAUUGAGAUUUCUCUCGUUUUCAAGUAUGUCCUGGGUGUCCUAUAGUGCAACAAACUGAUAUGGACCAUCUCUCUAGGACAGUACAUCACACUUUAAUAUAGCCCAUUCUAACACGCUGCACUUCAGAAUAAAACAAAAAACAUUUUUGAUAAGAACAUUUAUAAAUAAAGAACUCAUUUAAAUACAUCCCAGCUCAGAACACGGUCUGUAUAUAUAGUCUCUAUAUCCUGUCUGUGAGCUAGAUUAUGUCUGUUUUUUUUAUGUCCUGUCUAUGGUCAGUUAGUGGGUCUCUAGGUCCCUGAGAUCCAUUUCUCCGUUUGGACCCCCUAAUGAUGCUGAUAUCCUAUAUGCUUCUAAUCAUAGCUGUGUGCAUUCUCCGGAACUCUAUAUUACCAUCUGUUUCUUAAAAUCAUAUUUAACCCUUGAAGGUCUAGAAGGGCUAGAAACCCAGUAAGAUCUUAUAAUUUCUUGCAAUAUUCCAAAGCGUCAGGAACGAACAUUACAUUCACAGCAGGCAUUUGUAAACUAUCAAAGUAUCACAAUGCAAUCUUGUACUUACAAUUAUUUGUGUGAAAGGUUAAUAGGAUCAUCUGCUGUUUGACCUGUCAUUCAACAGGUUAAAACUGAUUAAUGUUUGGGUUGUAGAAUUCCAAGACAAUUGACUGUGACAUAUGCGUUGACAUCAUAAAAUAAGUAAUUAUUAUGUCAUAUGCAUAUCCAUACAAUGUUUUCUACAAUGCAUAGGUUCUACAGUUAAGUGCAGUUUUGAUUUUAGCACAAUGUAAAAAGCAUAGCGUGUAUCAAUCAGACGAGCUAUUGUCUCUCUUACAUAUAGCAGUGUUAAACAAAAGAUAUGACUUUGCCCAUUUAAUAUGAAAAUAAAGUCGGAGUGAAAUGUAUAAGAUUUUUUCCAUUUUAAAAUACUUUCAUAAGUGUCAAACCGCAUACUGUAUUUUAACUAUAUAACAAUAGCAAAGUAUUAUUUUAUUUAUAAAUAUAGAUUUUUGUUUAUACAAUAAGGCACCAGAAGCUAGCGUACUGUAUAUGUCAAAAUACUUUCAAAUACGUUCAUAUAAUUACAGGCACUUGUCUUUGUUCAUCAAGUUCCUAUAGACUGUAAGCUUGUUUGAGCAGGGUCCUCUUCAACCUAUCGUUACUGUAAGCUUUCUUGUAAUUCUCCUAUUUAUAUUUAAAUCCCCCCUCUCAUAAUAUUGUAAAGCGCUACGGAAUCUGUUGGCGCUAUAUCAAUGGACAUAAUAAUAAUAGCAAUAAUUUGUCUAAUGCUAAUUUUAAAAGGGCCACUGCUUUGUUGCAGUAUAGUUUGUUUAACAAAAGGAGAUGACUUACAUAAACAUGCAGCCCCUCUAUCCGAAACACAUCAUAAUCCUUAAAGCCAUAAAGGAAAAGAGACUGUAUGCAAAGUAAGUCUUUACCGUUAGUGCCAAUGUUGGAUUUUAUAUAGAAAUAGUAAUCUUAUUUCUGUCUCUUAAAAUGUAACAUGAUGAAUUUGCAGAGUUAAACUGACAAUACGUUUCAUAAAACAAUUUAAACAGGUUGACAUGUAAAAAAACAUAAUAUAGAUGUCGUAUGUGUGUGUUUGUGUGUGUACGUGUAUGCAUACAUGCAGUGGAUAAAAAAAAAAAAAAAUAUUAAACUGUGACAUUCAUAUACACACACGUCUAGCAUUGCAAUACAGAAGAUAAGCCAGUUAGCCACUUUCUAUAGUAUUUAUUCACAUCACAUUGACUCCCUUGGUGUUUUACAUAUGUUACGGGCAAAACGCUUUUAUCCUUAGGAAUAAAGCUGUGAGUCAUGUAAAAUGAGACACAAUCAUCAAACCGUGUGUACAUAAUGGCAUUGCCUAUUUAUUCGACUUAGUGCAGGCAUCCAUGCCAUUGGCAUCACAAAAGUGUUUGCCUUAAAUGUGAUGGAGCCUAGUAAUAAUAACAAAACAGAAAAAAGAACAGAAUACAAUGCCAAAUGCAUUUAUCACACUCACUAUGGCAGAAGAAGCAUUAAGGAUCUAGUCUUAUGUACAAAAGAGAAACUUUUGUGUAAAAGUGAAAGGAUUUUCCUUUUCGUAAAUAAGUCUCUUUUAUACAUAACAGUGGUCUUAACCUUUUAUUUUUUAUUUUUUUUAUUUUUUUUUUACAAUGACUUAACUUGUACACAUGGCAUUAGCUUGGCAGCAUAUUUGCCUUUUGUAAAAUGUAAAAUUAGCUCAGUGAUGCAUUCAGCUGUGUUACAUGUUCUAGAAUAAAUUCUGAAAAAUACUUUCAUUAAUCUUUCUCCAGCAUCAAAGGAGUCUCAAUUGCACUGGAGAAGGCUGUGCCCCCAACGUUAAUUUAAAUUUAUUGUGGACAGGUGCCUGUGGCUUGAUGAAUAUGUUAUGCCUGUUCCAACCAGUGGGGACAUACUGAAAACAGCACAUGAACCUAAUUUUGGGUGCAGAUCAAUGGGUUAAAGGCCAUCGGUUUAGCAUAUAGAUCAUCUGCUCAGAGUGAGCAUUCAAUGGUGUAAAAAAAUAAGGCUCUUGGUAAUAAUGGUGUCAGUUUGGUUUUAUAUGUAUAUAUUUACUUUAGAUUAAUAUUUAAAAUAACUCUUUUCGAAUCACCAAUCAGCUCAAUAUUGUUGAUAUUUUAAAAAGACAAAACGUGCAAGCUGGGAAGCUCUAGCUCUUAAGUAGCGUUGGUUCCAUUUUGCCCCCAGUUAGCAUUCAGAUGGGUUCUAUAUAUAUAAUGUGAUGUCUGGCCUCAGGAAAACCAUCUCCCCAAUAAUAUACUGUGCUCCACAAUCUUUAGUCUGCUCUGCAGGAGUGAACUGACUAGUUAUGGUGCCUAAUGGGACAGAGUAGAAAUGGAAAUUUGCCCAUCUGCUGUACUCAUAGUGUCAACUCCAUUGGUUCCUUUAGCCAAAUUAUCUUGUGUUAUGUUUUAUCAGUGGGAGUUGUGUUCCUCUCUUUUUUAGAUAUAAUAAAUCUCUAAAUUAAGGUUUCUGUUCCUUAUUGCAGUCUCCAGUUGAGGCAGCGUGAAUUCUCUUUUCUUUAGAUUUCUUUGUAUCGAGGAAUGAACUGAUUUAUUUUCUUUAUAGCUGUAAUAGAUAGUGGUUAUACAUGUAUAUUAAUACCUAUGAUAUCAUUAAGCUUCUAUUUUUUUUGUACAUUGAACAAAAGCUCACUUGCAGGGAGUCUGCUCAAAAGGUACAAUUUCUUUAUUUUACAAUUGCUAACAUAAUUAAUUAUAUAACAAACUGUGAAAUAAUGGUUUUUUUUUUUACUAUCUUUAUAUUUCUGAAUAAUGCAAAGUAUAAUGAAGUAGAGAAAGAUACGGAAAAUAGUGUAAUAUUAAGAAUUUUUUUUUUAAUAUAAUUAAGUUCAACAAAUUUUUCUGUCAAAUAUUCCUAUAAGUAAAUUUUAUAGAAAAAGAAAGAAUGGUGAAGAAGAGAUUACCGUGUAGUUCUGAAAGGUUUAAAAAUAAAUGGUGGAAUAAGAUAUCCAUACAUUAUUCAGAUUAUUCAGUCAAAUUAGUGACCAAGAUAAUCAUCCAUCAAUAUGAUAAGGGUUAGACUGAGCAAGCUUUAAUUCAUUGUAAAGAUUGUAUAUUGACAUAUUGAUUCCUAACAUGUAAAUAUAUUUUUAUAUAACGAUUGCCUUACAAGGUAAUUAGAGUUUAAUCCCAUGAGUGACAGUCGUGUGCCCAACACUUUGCGAUCAGGUGAUCACACCUCUAACACUCAAGAGUUCUUGGAAGAUACACCAAAAAGAGUUAACAGGUGCAGUGGUUUCCACUAGCUCAGGAAACAUCGAACAUGUUUUACUAUAAUGAUUUCACCAGAGGAGAACUUUUAAUUUCCAUUAAGCAUGCACAUUUUCCAUUAUUUGCGUUUAAUGAAAAGCUCUCCAGUGUGGGUUGGUGAGGUCCACUCAACUUCCUGGAAAGAUUGUUUCAGAAAUAUCUCAGCAAAUCACCCUAACAGUUGACAAUCUCUGUAUGUAAUUUUAUUCCACACUCAUUACAACUCCAAAUAUAUACUCUAUGAAAAUAUAAACAUUUUAUACUUUGGCCUUUGUAUUCCUCAAAAUUCAUAUUUUGUGUAAAAAAAAAAAAAAAGAUAACAUUUGUCAGCUAGGGGCAGAUGAUUUACGGUAAUAAACUUGGUUUUAGAUGUCAAAUUAAUUAUACUGGCUAGAAAAACGCAGGGUUCCUGAUAUUAGCAUUUCAGUAAAAGUGAGCAAGCUGUGUGUGCCUUUGCGGAAUUGUAGAUACACAUAUUUUUUUUCUUAUAAUUUGUAAAAUGAUUAGGAUAAACAGUGCCACCUGCUGGAUUUAGCCAACCGUGAUGCUGUCUGCUGUCUAAUACGGUAUCUGUACGGGCAGUGUUAUAGUGAGAUACAGAAAGAUAUGUUUUUGAGGAGCAAACAAGACUUGUUUUCUUUUCACUAUUUUCAGACCUUAAUGUGUUUUGCAGAUACAAAUCCACAUUAAAUACUGUUGAAUCUUAUCAGAGAUUAAAUAUAAAUUGAUUAAAUUCUUAUGUAGCGACUGUAUCAUGUGGAAAAAAAGGUUUUCUGUUUCGUACCUGUUUUGUAUGUUUGUAUUGAGCUAAGCAGUUUAUGCUACUGAUUGUCGAAUCAUGCUAGCAGGGAUGCAAAAUGUUAUCUUUGCAAGAUACAGAUUUCAAGCCAUUAUCAAUGCACCAUACUUACUUGCAGGUUUAAGAGCUGAAUUGUUUUGGUGAGCUAUGGCAGAACAAAGCCGAAGGCAUCUGAAUGCUAAUUGGGGGGCGAUGGGACCAAGACUACUAGUUAAGAGCUAGAUCUUCCCAGCUUGCACGCUUUGUCUUUACAAUAGUAACAAUAUUGAGCUAAUUGGUGAUACGAGAAGAGUCAUUAUUUUAAAUUGUCAUCUAACGUAAGUCUACAGACUGUGGCUGCUGAAAUAAGCACUGUAAACAACAUUACAUCUAUAAUGUUAUUCCAAGUAUACAAUGAUCACAAAGAUAAAUUUGGGUAAUAACAUCUAAUAUAUAAGAGAAAGGCAUUCUAGGAACCUUUGAGCCCUAAAAUCCCUGUGGCGUACAAAUUGCUAAGUCUGUAGCAUUUUUAGUUACUAAGUGUAUUAUUUUUUUUCACUCCAUCCUCCUUGAUUGCACUUAUACAUUUAGCUAAUUAUGCAGAGAAGAGAGUUUUUCCCUUCCUGGGCAAUAAUUAUUGGCAGAUUGUUUUCUCUGCCUAAUUCUGAAGCAUGAUUCUGGUGAGGAGCUUGCUAAAUCCACUGACUCCUACAUUGUCUGUUUUGCAUUGUACGUUUUGCAGUUUUACAUAAUUACAAUACAUAAUUACAAUAAAAGGACAAACACAAUAUUCAAUACAAAACUGUAAUCAUGAAAAAAAUUCAUCAUGAAAGGCUUGUUAUGAGCAUUUUUUGCUUUCCAAUGGUAACAUUGAUAUAAUUACAGUCAAUAGUUUCUCAAGUGCAUUGUACUCCUUAAUCCGCAUUAAUCCACAUAACUAACCCCUAAAUUAUCUAAACCCUAACAUAAGCAUGGAAACUUUGAAAAUCAAGGGGCUCCCAAAUCCUAAUCCUAACCCUUACCACGUGUACAAUAAAUGAAUAUGUAAAUCUACCAUGUGUACAGCAGUGGGCACUCUAACAUACAUUAAGCGGUGCCUAACCUCAUUAAUGGGUACCAAACCCUAAUUUAGGGGGAUACUCUGAUGUACCCCCUUUACAGAGUGCAGUGGUAUUGCACUUACAAGCUGAUAAAGUUUUCCCUAAUAAGGGUGUACCUAACCUUAACCAAGGUGUAUAAAGGCAUAUCCCAUUAUUGUGCCAUCCAAAAUUUUCUUUUAUUUAUUCAGCACCUUUUUAGCUCAGCUGUGACAGACCAUUUUAAAAGCAAACCUUCAAUAUGUCCUUCUAGAGAAAUUUUAGAAAGCAUCCAAAUCUGUUUCCGGAAUAUAAUGGACAAGUCGGAAUAAUUAGAGUUGACAUAGUCUGUCUAUAACUUUAUUUAUUUUUGGGAGGAGGGGCUGUGUUGGUGACAGAUAAGUUAAAUGUGGCAUUCAUCAUAUGUCUUAUGAUACAUAUCCAGAAACUGCAUAGCAGAUCCUGAAUGUGAUGCUGUGCAACAACUGCUCCAUCUAGCGUAAAAAGCCAUGUUCAGUUUUGGCUAGAAAUUCAUGUUUCUCUUUUUUUCAUCCAUCCAGUGCAUCUUGAUAAGGUUUGAGCUACAUUUUAUGCUCAUAUAAGGGUGGAAUCCGCACGUUCUGGCUCUGAGGCUGACCACUGAAAUCUGCCAAAGAGCCAGAGUGUGAAAGAAGACAGAAUAUGCUUAUUGUAUAUUCCGUAAUCAUCAUAUUGCAUGGAUCUGGAUAAACAACGUCUGUCGAUACAGCUGCUUUUGACUUCACUUCUUAUAACAGUUUGAUGGGCAUUAACGUCAACAGCUGUAGCAAUUUUAGAUUUGAACCUAACAAACACAUUUCAAACUUUUGACAAACACUAUAGGAUUUAUUCGCUAAAUUGGGACUUGUAAGGAAAAAGAAGGGAAUAUUUUUUCCAAAAUAUCCAAGUUUGAUAAUAAUGUUAAUUCCAAACCAGCCAAAUUUGCCUAUAAAUUAUCAUUCCAAAUCGCAAUAUACCGUAUAAAGGUCCACUCUAAGCUUCAUAACCACUAUAGCUUGGUUUGAUUUUAACCAGUUCUCGGCUCCCUUUUUAGAACUAACGCUUCCCCGUUAUAAGUGUCUGUUUUAUCCAUCUUAGAUGGCGUUGAUUGGCUUAGAGCUCUGGGAUAGCCCACCAUUUAGCCUCACUUUAGGCAGCAUGACGACUACAGCAUUAUCAAUGACAAUUUGUCCAGCCUGGACUGUGUUGAUAGGUUUGAUAUUAAGCCAGGGAAUGAGACUCUAGGGAUUGGUGAUUAUGUUGCCUAGAGUAAAAUGUGUAUAGAUAUGCAAGGGAACAUACUAUGUGUUUGUGUUUGAUUUUAUAUAAUAUUUUCAUUAUUGGAUAACAGUGAAAAUAUACAGCGAAUUCAAAUAAGGAAAUCAGAACAACAAAUAACUAUUUUAUUUUUUUUUACAUUUAUUAUUGAGAAUUCAAGUACAAGUACGAAAACACUGAAAAUACAAAAUGGUCUGUAUGUGGGUUACAUUCAGGGGUAUAGGAAGAAAAUCACAUAAUUAGUAGCAACAGUGUUCACAGAUGUAGAUAAAACAAAAUACGGGCAUACAUAUAAUACUCAUACUUGGUAAACAAAGAGUUAAAAAUCCAAAACGUCCAACAGAUGGUUUGCUCACAAGUAACAGAUUGAAGAACUGUAUUGUCUACAGGUUAAAACGCCCUACAUCUUUAUAAAGGCCCCGAUUUUGGAAGUCCCAGCUAUUGGGGACUAACAUUCUAAACUACAAUCCUUUUAAUUGGAGCCGCUUUUAUGAUAUAGUCCACACUAGCUAGUGGGCCAAAAGUUAGCUCUAACUAAUCUAGAUCAUUGCCAUCUCUAGAUGUGUAUUGAUUUAUUUAAUACACUCAUUUAAAUUUAGUACAAAUGCUACAAUAUAUAUAGCACAGGUUAGUAUGGCAGAACUGUGAGUUUACUCCAAAAUUAUAGGAAACAGCAAAACUAUAAGGAGCUGUUGGUUGUUGUGCAUACUCAUGGUGACAUGUGAUGUUGGUUGAAGUAUCAACUGAAGAACCGGUGCAAACUUAGGGCUACAUGCGCUGCGGAAUAUGUUGGCGCUUUAUAAAUGCCAGUGAUAAAUAAAUAAUGUUCCAGUUCGAUGCUUUGUGAGAUGAGCUAUUACUUCUUCUUGGAUCAAGUAUGUUGACUAAUACUUGCAUCUACUUUUGUACUGAAAGGCCAUAGGUAAUUAGAGAAAUCACAAUAUAUUCUUUCUAGUAACACGUUUUAAUUGUUGAUACAAAAAAACAAGGAAUUAUUUUGUGCUCUGGAAUCUAGGAAAGUUACAGACACAAAGUGGAAAGGAGACAAUGCAGUAGAAACAUGCCUAUCAAUAAGCCCAGAUCCGGAAUGGCAUUUGGGAGCUGUGUGAAACGAUUCUGAAAAAAAAUGCAUAUGCAGGGCAGUCAUGACUCCUUUAUAGAAGUCACAGUGGCUUGCAUUGCUCCACUAGUGUACAUCUCUGUAACCAUAACACUACCAACCCACUUUCAUGUUUUCCAGUUUUGGGACAUAUGUAGUAAUGGCCUAUUACUGUUUUGUUUUGUUGCCAUUUUUACUGUCUCUCUUUGCUCAUCAUACUACUUCCUCUUCUUUAAGCUCUGAAAAUCUACCUGCUUUGCACAUGUACAAAUACUGUCAUUGUUCUAUGGACUCAAUGAUCCUACUUAUCAGCUUUAUCAGUAACUUGUAAGUACAUCAAACAGUGUCAGGUUCAUAAAACUACACAUAACUGUCUUGCCGAAGCUCACAUAUAUAUAUAUAUUUUCUUUUCCUGCGGGCAAAGUAUGCUAGAACUCUGCUUUACACUAACCUAUGAAUUUUAGCCUAUUAAAUUCCAAUUGCAAAAUAAAGGCUGCAAUAGCCAGGUGUGACUAGAUCUGAGUUGAACAUUUUUCCAGAGCAGCAAUUUUUCCCUCAGUUUUGCAGUUUUGCAUAGAGGGUUUAAUUGUCUAAUAGUCAGAUUUUACUGAAUAAUCCUAUCGCUUUCAACGCCUUAUCUUGAUUCACUAAUCAUAAAAUACAUAUCUGGUAACUAGAAACUGAUAUGUAACAGUAACCCAUAAUUAUUACAGAAACCUUGAGGUCUACUCAAUAAAUAGAAAAUUGUGGUUUGGUGAGUUGAGGAUUGAGUUAAAAAAAAAAAAAUUCGUUUAGUUGAUAGUCCCCUAAGUACCAUCAACACUGCAGAUCCUUAUGGGGACAUCUGAUAGCAUCCAGUAGUUCACAACUAUCUUCAACAAAACUAGAAAUGCAUUAUAAUACACUCUCUCUCUCUCUCUCUCUCUAUAUAUAUAUAUAUAUAUAUAUAUAUAUAUAUAAUUAGUUCCAAACAAAAAGAAGGCUAACACAAGUUUGUAACGCUUGAAACGUGAUACAUAUUUAUGAUUUAUAAUACCGUGUAAUUACAGUAAAAUACAUCCAUAAUGCUUAUGUAUUAAUAUGUGGGUCUGCAUAGCAUUUAUAUCUCACAAUUUUUAAUCUCUAAAUCAGGCACCUAAAUGGAGGCUUGUAAAACUCUAUCAAAAGUCAUUUGCAGCCUUUAUUCUUCUUGACGGUCUUUCGUUUUAUACAAAUGAAGCUUUUUUUUUUUUCUAUCCUGACUGCCAAAGCACCUAGUAUGCAAUGUAUUUUUACAAGGCCCAUAAACCUCACCUUGGUUUUAUGAGAAGAUAGUUCCUGUCAAACUUCCAGGUGGUAUGUUACAUUUAUUUUCCGCUUUGAGCUAUUACGGGAUGCUGUGGAUAGGCAGUUUGUGGCAUGUAGCUCACAUUUAAGUUCUUAUUGCUGGGGACCAAACUCAUUUAGUACAGUAAUCUUUUUUUUUUUUUUUUUUUAAUGUCUACAAAACCAGUCUAACAAAUACACAUUAAGCUGUAAUUGUGUCAACAGGUAUUGUAUGUUAGCUCAGUGCGCAGAAGCUCUGCUUGCCAGGUACCCAUGGCAGUGCCACGCUCACUAAUCUUCAAGCCACGCAAACGCCCAGCAUAAUCUUGCAGGAUGGCAUGACGCUUCGAGUAGCUCUAAACUGUUAAUGAUCUUUGAUAUUGACCAAGACAAAGAGUGGAGACACACAGCUGUCACAUUUCUGUGUGGUAGCGACACAACUGUUAUCAGCAUGCCAAAUCAGUGAAUACUAAUAUAACUCACAAUUAAAGAAACAACCUAAUUAAUCAAUGUGAAUCACUGCCCCCAGUUGUUUUUUUUUGUUUUAUUGUUUUUAGUGUGUAUAUUGAUUAAGUCUACCUUUACCCCAGCACCAGGAUUGAUUACUCAAAGCAGGUUGACCAUCUUCUGGUGAUGUCAUCAAAGACAUGGACAGCAAUCACCCGUAUACACCAAUCAAAUGAAUCACUGAAUUCAAUGCUUCUCUGUAAGAAGUAUUGGACACCACAGCAUCCGGCAUCAGUAUACUUUGCAUAGCAACACAGGCGUCAGAUUCAGUAAUUAAAUCUAUUUUGAUCUGGAGCCCCUAGUGUCUGUCUGGCUGACAGCCACCAAGAAAGCAUUUAAACAGCGAAAAGUAAACAGUACAGCAAUGUUUUAAUUUGCAAAGCUGGGGGGGUCAGUAUCUAUACGAUGAAGUGAGUGUAGUGCUUAGACUGUACCUAAGAGAUGCAACACAAUUGAAGCAUCGCUGAAACUUAAAAGGCUAAAUAUGUGUUCAAGCCACAGCUGUAAUACUUUAUGGAUGUCAGCUGUGACAGCAACAUUCCAAAGCAUCUAUGGCAGUGCAGGUGUUAACAAUCUCAGAGAGACAUUCUUUCAGCUCUGACUGUCAGAGGGUUAAAGAUGUCUGAUUCUUUGCAGGUUUUGCAAUCAUAAUCACUGAGCAAACACAUGUGACAGCUGAGGAGAAGCAGAAAUACACUUAACAGUAUAACCUACACUUUCUCGGCCCACUUGAAAUACACUUGGAGACUCUGUUGUAUAGGCUAAUUUUAUCUAAGAGAAAUGUUUCUUCUUCUCAGUUUGUUAAAGCCGGAAUGUCCUAUUGAGUUAGCAUUACCAUGGCUCUAUAGACACGUAGAGAGUAAGCACGCAAAAUAUUCAUUCCUCGCACAAGGUCUUUAAUCCAUUAAGGACGCAUGACAUGUGUGACAUGUCAUGAUUCCCUUUUAUUCCAGAAGUUUGGUCCUUAAGGGGUUAAGGACCAGAAAUUACAUCCAUUAUGGCAUGGAUAAGAAUUAGUCUUUAAGAGGUUUAGGACCAGUUUGCUAUAUCGGCAUGUAUAGUUGUUGAUCCAUAAGGGGUUAACUAAGUUUUUUACACUGAAAAAUGUAUAAAUGCAAUAAAGUUUCUGGAAUAAAACUGCAAGACUGAAAAGCAAAAUUUGCCAGCUUGGCUCAUCAGAUCAUAUAGUUGUUUUAAGCUUUGCACAGGUGCUGGAGCAGUUAAUAAACAGUUAAACAAGAAAUAUAAUUUAUUAUCAACAAAGGACCAGAGUGAUCAUACAGUUGGCUGCUGGUGAAAUGUUAGCAGAGGUGCCACUGCUGGGACUCAGUAUCUGCCUACAGGGCACCAUCAUUCCUGAAGGUCCAAUUAAACAUGUAGUUCUAAAAGGCAUAACGUUCUACGACAUCCAUCAGCCAGUAUCUUGUUACUAGUGCGUACAUUAGAGUAGAUAAAGCACUUUACCAGUACAGAAGGUGUCAGCAGACAGGAAAUGACAAUCCCACAUAGGAAGGAGAAAGGAGAGACCAUGAAGAGUGGGGCAGCUGUUAAUGAUAGGACAUACUGUACGCUGUUAUUGAAUAUGAGCUCAGAUAAUCAAUGGGAGGAUAUAUGUAGAGGGGACAAUAAGCAGAUGAAAUAGGGGAACUAGGAAAGAGGAAGGGGAAUUGAAAUAAUGUAGAGAAGAAGAAGGAAAAAUUAAGAUGAGGAAGGCAAGAAAGUCAUUGAGUCUGGAUAUUUUUACUUCUUGUACUUGAUUUCAGCAAAAGAUUUGGCAACUGUUCGCUAUAAUUGACCUGGGCUGUCAUUGGUCCUUAAUGGGUAGAAUAGAACAAUUAAACACUUUCAUAUUGUUUACUGAUGUUACUGGGACUUGCCAAACUUGAGUUCGGUUCAGCAGAUAAGUCAGUAAUAUUUGGCAACUCAUUUUCUAUUACAUUAAUUUUUACAUACACCCUUCUAAUUGUAUAAUUUAUCUAUCCAAUAAUGCAUUGUUUUAUCUUGGUUUGUUUUUUAACUGGGAAAUAGCGAGGCAAACUGUACUUUGUGAAUUUGGAGAUUAUAAAGAGUUGAGAGACAUAGAUAUAUUCCUAAAAUGACAACAAUAAAAAGCUAAAAUCCAUCCUUUAGCAAACACUUGGCAUACAGCCAAGGCAUCCUGCACAAUAUCCAGCUAACCUGUUUGAAAUCAGCAGCAACUGUUUUGUCACUGUGUAAUAUGGCUUCUAGAUACACCAUGCCUUCUUAAGCAUACAUGACCUCAGCGUGCAUGAAAAGUGAAAAGUUCUGGGCUGGCAAAAGUCAAUUCUGUGCAAAUUUAGAAUCUGACACCAGCAUGCACAGCAUGCUCUCCCAUGCCUCCCCUCAGUCCGUACUCACUGACCUCUAUUGCCCUAGAGUGAGGGGGAGUGAUUACGGCCAAGGAGUAUCCGGUUGAGGGGAAAAAUUGGACUCAGAGAUUUAGUUAAACUCUGGAUUAGUGCUUAAUUAAAACAUUUUAAAGUUGGAGGGGGGAGGGAUAUAUACUCAGAAAGGGUUACUAAAACCAAAACCAGAGUUUUAUGAAAACACAGGUUUUUAGUGGAAGGAACCCUUUAACUGCAUUAUAUAUGGAUUAUAUAUACUAUACUACAGGACAAAAAUUCUUAAACUGUUCAUCAGCAUGAGGAAGAGAUAAAUAGCAUACCACUGUAAGAUGUCAAACCAUUUUAUCUCUUUUGGGAAACGUGCCCCGGUUCCACCAGACACCCAUGCCACAUCCAGUCUUCUUUAGUAGGAGAAGUCAGAUGUCUCAUGCAGGUCUGUGCUUAUUGGCUGAGAGCCCUCAAUUAGUAUGGCCAUGCUUUGCUCUGUAGACCCAUGUGCCUUCUCCUCCUGGAUCCCAGCAAGUCCGGUUUGACAUCUCAUCCUGGUAUAGCACCAGGACAUUCCUGGCACCAUAACCACUACAUUAUUAGUGGGCUGUGGUGGUUAUGUUGCUUAGCUGGUCUGUUAAAUCGUGCUUGUUUUAAACAACUGAUAAAACAUUUAGUGUUAUUCUUUGGGGCUCCAUUUUUCAUUUAUAAUAACAAUAUUCCAUUUGUAACUAACAUUUCUAGUAAAUGUAUCCCUGUGAACCAAUUUUUUUUCUUUUCUGUCUCAAUUUUGUUUUAUCCUUGCCCAAUGAUAGAUUGCCUGUAAAGCACUCAAAUGUACAUUUCUAGGAUUAGUUAUUACAACUCUGAUAAAACGGAAAGGUUUUAUGUAUGUUAUAGAUUUGGAAAAAUGAAUUUUCCCAACAAGUUCUAGAACCAAUAUACCUUUAACUGCACUCUGAUUAAUCACCACAUACUUGUUAAUGGAAUGGGAUGACAUUGUGCUUAUCUUUCCUCACCAUGGACGUGCUUUUAUCAGCUCUCUGUAUAGCACUUUUAUAAAUGUUUAUACAUAGCGCUCAGUGGAAAUGCUUCAUCUUACCUUGAUUUGACACUUCUGCAUAUAUUAACCCUUCCAACUAAAAGGUCAGAAGGGGUCCCUGCACAGGAUUGUGGGGGAACAGUACUUUUAAUCUGUAGAAAUGACAGGAAGGAAAAGAUUUAAGUGAUAAAAUCACUGAAAGAGUUUGAGUUUUUGGAAGUAGUAAUGGAAAAGUUUUAAACUUGUAUAAUGGCGUUGCAUUGCAGUUUUAUGUAGAGUUUUCAUGUUAUUUCACAAACUCAGGGCAAAGCAGAAUGUAUGUUCUGUGGAUCCAUAGUUUUCAAAAUUAUUACAUCUAGCUCCUAAACUUUAGAGUGCUUUAUAAAUGAUUCUACGAAUGCAGCUAAUCCCAAGUUCUAAAUCCCUAUCACACUGAGAACACCAGUUACAAGUAUCCACCGACUCCACCUUCUCCCUCAAUUAUAUACUUAUAUAUGCAGAUAUGCAUAAGAUUUAACAUGCAGCUGGCAAGUACCAACCAGUUGGCAUUAAAUGAGCUAUGCUGGAACGAUUAUUUGGCUAAGAGUGUCAGCUGAGUGCUCUCAGCCAAUGAAUGCCUCUUUGCACCUCUGGACUUAAUGCAGGUAGAGGAGGAGGUGACUGGUGUUCGGCCAUGGUGCUUACCCAUGGUGCUUAACCUAAGAAGACACUCCUGGCAGUAUAUCCGCUGUUGGGUAUGGUGUUUGUAGUGUUUCUUUAAUUCCUUGGCCCUUGGAGUGCUGUAAUGAGCAGAGCAUCGCUCCAUUUUGCACACUCAUUUGCUCAUUUAAACAAUUAUUUUACUUUAUAUAUAAGUGAUCUGUGAUAACCUGUGCUUUCUCUACCCCCACUUCCUCUGCCCGUCGUAUUAUGAGGGUUUUUAUUUCCUCAUGUCACCAACCAAGUUCAGUGGAUAUGCCUUUCUGUCCCCCUUGUUCAUAUUUCCCAUUUUUUGUGUUUUCCAGCUGAUAUCACCUUUCUUGCCCCAAGCUUGUAUUUCCAAUUGAUGCCUUGGAAAAAAUAUAAAACUACACAACAGUGCUAGCCCCUGGCUGUAGCAUGGGCACAUUGGUCUGAGUCUUGUCUGCCAAAGACUUGUUCCCUCACAAUUAUGGUGCAUUUUAAAAUGCCAAUUGAUUGACUUCUACAUAUUAUUUAUUUAUAAAAUAUUUUACCAAAUAGGAUACAUUGAGCUUUAUCUUGUUUUCAAGUAUGUCCUGGGCCCCCAAACACUGCAUUGUUACAAUAAGAUACAAUAUAACAGAUUAUUAUUUAAAGUAACACGAAAGCGUUAGGAAUGCAAACCUGUAUUCCUAACUCUACAGUGCCCCUGCCCCUAGUUAGAAUGAGACACUACCUUCCUCCAAUUUGCAACUUCAUCAGUGAGAUGUCACCUCCAUCGCAGGUCCAAUCCAAUGCCCUUAUACAGGAGGAGCAUUAGGGACCUGAUGCACAUGUACUGCGAAUGCUGCACACACAUCCAAUGCAUUCAAUGCAAUGUUUUCCUAUGAGCUGAAACCUCACAUGGCCGAAUUUUACUUAGUCAAUGCAGCAGGAGCGCCUCUAGUGGCUGUCUGUAAUACAGCCAUGAGAGACAAGUUUAACCUUUCAAAGGUUCUGCAAAAGGACAAUGUUUUACUUUGAAGGGUUAAACACACAGGUGCACUGCACACAGAGCACUUUAAUGGUCUUUGAAAGCGGAAUGCUUGUGCAGAUUCUGCCCCACAUGCAAUUUGUUCUGUGUUUAUUUCUGAUGUGAAUUAGCAGGCUGUAAUAGGGGUUGUUUGUCUAUUCUCUAUUUCCUAUUCAGUUAAUCAUCAAGUCCGUCUUUGAGUAAUACAUCCUACAAAUCAUCAUGCGAUAGCAGUAUUUCAUACAUAUAUUUCUCAGCUGCUAGUUUCCAUUAUUCAACUUCACCGCCACACGUGUCUGUCUCACUUGCCAUUUUCAUCUAUUUACUUCCAGCAGUCUAGGUACAAUUCAAAACUUCCUCUUCUUUGUAUUAAAACAGCACCAAUGUCUUUAUUCUGAAAAAAUAUUAUUUUUAGCAUGUUUUGGGCCCUUAACUUGUAAGUCAUCCUUGCUGGAAGAUCGUAAGCAGAAUUCAAAUGGUUCAAGGUUAUUAAACUUUAUUGAUUAAAAAAAAGACACAGAAAAGGGGGACCAAUUACUUUUUGAGAUAUACAAAAACCAGAGGUAAACUGUACUUCCUUCUCUAACAACGAGCACUUGUAAAAUCUCCACCUUCUGAACAGUCCAUUAAACAUACUCAUUAUAUCUGCUGACUGAUGUUGAUAUCCCAACACCCCAUAAUGUGCAUGUCAAUUAGUUAUUAGAGUUUUAGCCCAACAGAAACAACUGUGGAAUUAAUUACUAAUAGAUGUGUAAUCCAUAAACAAUUAAGGUUAUUGAAAUGCACUCCAUGAAGCCAUUGAUCUAUCCAUUUAACACCAUGCAGAGUUUUAGAUUGAUUUUAAUAUCUGAAAAACACUUAAAAAAAGCAAAUGCUAGUUUGGAAUCAGAACACAUUAUAUAAAUAAUGUGAAUUUAUCUGAUCAGCAUCGCACACUUCAGAUGGAGAUAUUCACUGAAGUGUGAAUUGUUGGGAAUUCAAAGUCAAUUUCAAAUGUCAGGCCUGUUCUUUCAUUUUAGCUACUUUGGCCUCAAAUUUGAAAUUCACUUUCAAUUUUAUUUUGCCGACAAUUCUCACUUUAGUAAAUAUUCCUGCACCCUAAUAGUUGUGAAAUUGCCAUUGCGUCACAUGGCCCCAUUUUGAAGGCAUACCGAUAUCGAUUAUAUUAAUGUGAGAUAUCUCAAGUCAAAUUAACAAAAUAUUGAAUAACCUUUUAGCUAUAUGUUUGGAUACGACAAUACACAGAUUGCAAAGUUAAUCAGGACAGGGCCGGGAACUUUAAGUAGAGAGUAGUUAUUGUGCAAGAAACAGGGGGCAAAUUGCAACCUACACACUCAAUCACACAAGUCUGUCUGAGGGUUAUAGAGUUGUAGUUCAUCAGAUGAAAAGCCACUGGCUAUCACAUACUAAUGUAUUUUUAAAAAAGAGAGCCUCAGUAGGGACAUUGCUAGCUUUAUCUGGAAACCUGUUAGUUCACUUUGGAUAACUUGGCAGAUUUUUGUUGUAAAUACAUGAAAUCAUUAAAUGAGUGUAUUUUGCUGUCAGCAGUCAAACUACAGUUGCAAGAAAAAGUAUGUGAACCCUUUGGAAUGAUAUGGAUUUCUGCACAAAUUGGUCAUAAAAUGUGAUCUGAUCAUCAUCUAAGUCACAACAAUAGACAAUCACAGUCUGCUUAAACUAAUAACACACAAAGAAUGAAAUGUUGCCAUGUUUUUAUUGAACACACCAUGUAAACAUUCACAGUGCAGGUGGAAAAAGUAUGUGAACCCCUAGACUAAUGACAUCUCCAAGAGCUAAUUGGAGUGAGAUGUCAGCCAACUGGAGUCCAAUCAAUGAGAUGAGAUUGGAGGUGUUGGUUACAGCUGCCCUGCCCUAUAAAAAACACACACCAGUUCUGGGUUUGCUUUUCACAAGAAGCAUUGCCUGAUGUGAAUGAUGCCUCGCACAAAAGAGCUCUCAGAAGACCUACAAUUAAGAAUUGUUGACUUGCAUAAAGCUGGAAAGGGUUAUAAAAGUAUCUCCAAAAGCCUUGCUGUUCAUCAGUCCACGGUAAGACAAAUUGUCUAUAAAUGGAGAAAGUUCAGCACUGCUGCUACUCUCCCUAGGAGUGGCCGUCCUGUAAAGAUGACUGCAAGAGCACAGCGCAGACUGCUCAAUGAGGUGAAGAAGAAUCCUAGAGUGUCAGCUAAAGACUUACAAAAGUCACUGGCAAAUGCUAACAUCCCUGUUAGCGAAUCUACAAUAUGUAAAACACUAAACAAGAAUGGAUUUCAUGGGAGGAUACCACAGAGGAAGCCACUGCUGUCCAAACAAAACAUUGCUGCACGUUUACAGUUUGCAUAAGAGCACCUGGAUGUUCCACAGCAGUACUGGCAAAAUAUUCUGUGGACAGAUGAAACCAAAGUUGAGUUGUUUGGAAGAAACACACAACACUAUGUGUGGCGAAAAAAAGGCACAGCACACCAACAUCAAAACCUCAUCCCAACUGUGAAGUAUGGUGGUGGGGGCAUCAUGGUUUGGGGCUGCUUUGCUGCGUCAGGGCCUGGACGGAUUGCUAUCAUCGAAGGAAAAAUGAAUUCCCAAGUUUAUCAAGACAUUUUGCAGGAGAACUUAAGGCCAUCUGUCUACCAGCUGAAGCUCAACAGAAGAUGGGUGUUGCAACAGGACAAUGACCCAAAGCAUAGAAGUAAAUCAACAACAGAAUGGCUUAAACAGAAGAAAAUACGCCUUCUGAAGUGGCCCAGUCAGAGUCCUGACCUCAACCCGAUUGAGAUGCUGUGGCAUGACCUCAAGAAAGCGAUUCACACCAGACAUCCUAAGAAUAUUGCUGAACUGAAACAGUUCUGUAAAGAGGAAUGGUCAAGAAUUACUCCUGACCAUUGUGCACAUCUGAUCUGCAACUACAGGAAACGUUUGGUUGAAGUUAUUGCUGCCAAAGGAGGUUCAACCAGUUAUUAAAUCCAAGGGUUCACAUACUUUUUCCACCUGCACUGUGAAUGUUUACAUGGUGUGUUCAAUAAAAACAUGGAAACAUUUCAUUCUUUGUGUGUUAUUAGUUUAAGCAGACUGUGAUUGUCUAUUGUUGUGACUUAGAUGAUGAUCAGAUUUUAUGACCAAUUUGUGCAGAAAUCCAUAUCAUUCCAAAGGGUUCACAUACUUUUUCUUGCAACUGUACAAUAAAAGCUAUUAUAAUAAAUUAGCAAUAAACAAGCUCUGUUUUCUGAGAAAAUUGCUUGUUAAAUGUUUUUUGUUGUUUUUCAUUUAAUAGGCAUUUCAAGGUAUAUCUGAGCAAAGUAACUUUAAUCAGUACUUGUAUGUGGACUUAGAUAGAAAGACAGGCAGAUAAUGUAAAUACUUUUUAAAAUACCUCUUUAAAUGUAAAUGUCUUUUAGUCCUAUUAAUUGUACAGCGCUACGGAAUUUGCUGGUGCUAUAUAAAGAAUAAAAUAAUAAUAAUAAUUAAUAUUCAGUGUGACAAGAACAACGCUUCAAACUCACAGACAGUAUUGGUGGACAGAUUCCUUCAAAAUAUCUACCUUUAUAUUUUUCAAACCGCUUUUGCUCUGGGACAUAAUAUUCCUUUUAUGAAGAUAAUAGAUUAAUGCUAUAUGAUGGGGAGGAUCUGGGCCUGAGUUAAAAAAAAAAGUGGUAGACAACGUAGGAGAACAAACCAUUCAGAACCAACUGAAGUAAGGGAAAUUGCAAUAAAAGUGGAUUUUGCCUGAUUCUGGUCUGGAAGGGUUUCAUUUCAACAAACAAAGCCCUUUUGAAACACAAGAUUUUUAUUAUAAUGUUAUUAUUUAAUUAUAAGAGGGCAGCACAUAUUAGCGCACCAACAUGUGACAUCUGGUGACAAACGUCUUGAGUAGGCAGUGUGUUGUGUUUAUUUUUCCUCCAUAGACUUUACUUAUUUGGCAGUGUGCAGCUUGUAUUUUCUCAGUUGCUGCCUGUGUGUGUUAGAAGCAAUGAGGCCUCCUCCUACUAGGCCCUGCUGGCUGUAACAGGAGCCAGAGCACAGUCUGUGGGUGGAACUGCCUGACAUCAUCUGUGGGGGCUGGGAAGAAAGGCAGCACAGUGUAGGCAUUGGAAGGGAACAUAGGUGAUUGAUGGGUUUGCUGUUGUGCAAAGGAGGAGGGAAAAAAAGUGUGUCUAAUCUUUCAUUGCAGUACUGGCUGAAGAGCUUCUUGCAAGUUUACAUUGCUGGAGUGUGAUCUAUUCUAGCUCAUAUCUUCUUUUUCCUUUUUCUUUUUUUGACUGUUCGUCCAGGGCAAGGGUUGUGGAUAAAGCCCAAGCUGGAUGGAUGGGUAUGGGGAGAGGGGCAGGACCCAAAGCCCUGGGAUUCUUCAAAAUCCUCGCUGUCUUCUUGUGCACAUUCCAAACAGGUAAGAAAAUCUUUUCCUUAUUCCCUAUUUUUAAAGCAAGAAAUUAUCCCCUGAACAGGGCCUCCUGCAAACUAACCCUUUCACAAUGUGUGUUGCUUACUUAAUGUCCUUACCAUGCCAUGUUUUUAUAUCACACUUUUUAUCGUCUCAUACACUACACAUGUUUAUUUCAGGAAGUAGUACUAAAUCUUAUCCUUGUUUUAUUAAGUACAAUGUUCUGCAGCGUCGUGCCAGGGAUGUCUGGAUAUGACAGACAGAUACGUCUAUUGAUUUGUUUAUAAAAUGUUUUAACAGGAAUGAUAACUGGAGAUUUCUUUAAAUUUCAAGCACAUACAAAUACAAUGUUGCACAUAUAACAGAAGGCAUACACACUACAAUUUUAUACUAACAAUGAGUAUAUUUGCUUAUUGGUUGAAAGUAGAAGAGCAUUAGUUUAAUAGUGUAAAAAAUAGAAUGUGGCACUUUCCUAUAUUGUCUAUUGUGAUGUUAAUAGAGAUUCAGUUACUUAAUGUUGUAAAGAAAUUCUAUAUAACAAAUUCCUUCAAAAAAUGUUGGUCUUUUGUUUUGUUUGUUUUUUUUGUUUUCUUUAAGAUGUUGCAUUUUAUAUAUUAGACAUGGUAUAAUUGGCAGCGAAGAACUCUGGCACCCAAGUCUUGAUCUAUUAAUUGUUGCAAUGUCCUGUUUAUUAUUCUUCAAGGUAGGACUGCAGUAUAUUAUCUAACAAGAAGUGCCCAUCUGGUUCCAAUGAAUCCUUGUGUUAUUCUGGCUUGAUCCUUGACUACAAAUUCCUGCAAGCUUUGUUUUUGUUGGGGGGUGGAGAACAGACGCCACACUGUGGGUUUUGUUCUUUCCAAAGAUCUCGAGUUUCUAAAAAACUCAGGUCUUGGGCACCUGGAAACUCACUGGAAAUAAAUCCCAAAUUUAUUAGUUUUGUUAUCUAUGUGGUUCUCAUUUCAUUAUCACUGUAUUGUAAAUAAAUGGAGUGUGUACAUUACAUCUGUAUAGUCCAUGGAUUAGAUGAAUGAUUGUCUUUAUCAUUCGCCUUUUUAUUGUGUAUGUGUCCAAUAAAUAAACAGGGUUUACCGAGAUAUUCUCAGCAAAUCCGCCAAGACACCAGUUGACAGCAGGGUUAUUUUUCAAUCUACCGGUAUGUUUAGAAUAAAGUUGCAAAUAAAUGACCAUAUUAUUUAUACAUAGCAAAAGGUUUUUUUAGUUUUUUUUUCUUACCUAAAACAUACACAUGUAAUUUGUUAAGAAGAACAGACACACAAAUACUUUAAUCUAAGGAUUAAAUAGUAAUGUGUUGCACUAUAAAGAGAUGCAAAUAAUUUGCUCAUAAAACUGUCUUAGAGCGCACUGCAGAAAAUGACUUGUUCAAAUCUGGACCCAUUGUGAGUAUAUUGCAAAAAUCAGAUAAAAUAUCAUUGUGCUGUUAUCACUGAUGCUGUAAUGACCCUAACUCCAGUUUAUGUUAUAAACAUACUAUUAAUGUAGCGUACCGCCAAAUACGAUUUAGAAUAUUUUUGCCAGAUUCGUUAUUUUUAUGCCAAAAUUUGCAAUACAGAUUAAAUACAAUUUUGCUUUCAGUGAUUAAAACCCUUUUUGCAUGCUGCAGAAUAUGGCAUUCGUGUAAACAUAUUACUCCGGAGCGGACUGCAACCCUUAUAAAGCUAGCCAACAUUGGAAGCCAUAGAACCUAUUCAAACUCUGCUUAGCUGUGGGUACAGCCAAGUGGUUCUAAAGACAAAGAUGUGGCAUUAACCCGAUUAAACUUAAUUACCCUUAACUCUGGCCACUCAAAAUAGAUUUUCUCAUAAAAUCUGAACAUAGCUCAGGGUGAAAGAUUAAUGCCAUUAAUUUGUGCAAAUCCCCUGUAUAAUCCAAGCUUUACUCUAGAAGGAAAGAAAACCAAAACUUCGAAAACUUUGCUAAACCAUGCUCGGAAUAAUGAACAAAAAUCAGGCAGUGCCUUGCAAUAUAUAUAUAUAACCCCUCCAGCCAUGAAGCUAAAGAUUAUUUAUUAAUUGAUUUAAGUGCUUUUUUAGAAGUAGGAGCACACACCUCUGAGCCAGUUUGUGUGGUUUGUUCUAGAUAAGGAUCAGGCUUAUUGGAAGUUUUUUCAGAUAGUUUGAUAAAUCACCUUUGUCUUUUCCUCUGCAUGGAGGGGAGGGGGGAUAUGUGCACUCACAGCUCUACAUGAAACUGAGAAGGGACUCCAAGCUGUUAAAACAGCACCUUCCAAAUCCUUAAAGUGACAGCAUGUCUUGUAGAUUUCCAGAUGAAACACAGAUGUAAAAAUAUAUAUAUUUUUUAAAGGUCAUAUACCUUGUGUGACAUUUGAAAUCUGUAUUGUAAAAUGCACUGUAUUCGUGUUUCCAUUGUAAAAUGAAUAGAUGGUAUUUACAAUAAGAAAAUAAAACAAAAAGCAACAAAAACAUUCUAAAGAAUUUUUGACGCUUUUACUAAAAGCAAAAGUCUGCAGGUUCGGUGACCUAUAAGUGCUAAAUGAUGCAUUUUUAAAGAAUUGUAUUAAGUCAAAAGUCAACAUACCAAAGAACAGAUGAGUUUGAAGUAUUUUAUAAUAGAUAUGCGAACAGUAGGCUUUUUUUUGGCUAAGUUUAAUUUGAGUUGUAAUCUGCCAAUAAUUGAAAAACUAUUGCUUCCCAUCUCUUAUAUCCCUUUCUCCAUAAUCUGUAGGCACUUUAUAAAUAUACUAACAAUAAGAACUGCUCACUAACAUUUAUGUAUCAAAAUAAUUUCAUUCAUCCUUUUAAAAAUUACAACAUUCUGAAUUUAAUAAAACAGAAUGUCUUAAAUGUUUGUCUCUCCUAGAAAUUGUGUAUAAGGUAUACUAGAGCCUUACCAAUACCCACCCCCCUUCCCUUAGCUCACUUGCUUGCUCUCAGGGCUCUCUCAAUCACUGCUGACCACAUUUCAGAAAUAAGAGAUUAGGCUGUAAAGUAAAUAUACAUUGCAAGGACAAAUCAAUCAGGCUUGGUUAUCUGUCAGAAAUACUAAUAGAGAUAUUGCUGUAGAGGUCACACAGAAUACAUUACACAUACAAACAAAAUCCGCUUUCCUAUAAUAAUAUCAAAAAUAAAAAAACAUUUGUGUUUAUUGUUAGCUGAGUUUAUCGUCAUUAUGGUCGCAAGAGUAGAGCAUAAAAGAGAUAUAGACAAAUGUCAGAGCUUAAUUGCACCGGCGAAAAUAAAGAAAAAUGCAUGGGAGUUUCUGGAAUAUUUCCCCAAGUCCCCUGUUAAUUUAUUGCUGGGUUGGAAUUAGAAAUCCAUUGUGGUCCUGUUGCUUUUAGGAGCUCGUUUUAAUAAACUGCAAUUCAGUACAAAUGGUGACUAGCAACUGAUUCAACAAUUGUACAUUCAAGUGUUUUAGCACCUGUUCACACUACAACAAAAAAAAAAACUGAGCUUAAAGUGUGACUUUUUGUCUGUGUUUAAAACAUAGGACUUGUGUGUGCACCUGGUCAAAUAAUCGUUCUCAUUAAGAAGCAAUCAUUACAGUGAAUUGAAACAGCACUCUUGCCCCUCAGCUGUGCAGACAGCCAGGUGGGGGUAGUUUUUCCACCAGGGUAUUUGCUGAGCUGACAUCAUACUGUGAAAGAUUUUCAGAUUGCAGUUAAAUAAUAAUACUUUGAAGAGUCAGGUAAUUACUUGGCAGUUAUCCCCCCAGCCUACAAUGUAGCCUUUACCCCCUUUUCUAAAUUAAUUAGCAGGUUAUACUAUAAAACCACAUUCAGGUUUUUUUUUUUAUUACAUUGCUGAGGCCCUUCCUAUGUGGGCAAAUGCUAGCCUGUCCGGAAUUAGAUUUGUGUUGAGUGUGGAUAAUAAUAAAUAUGUUCUCUAAUUUGAGAUGAAGAAUCUGGUGACAGCUCUGGAGUUUAUUUCCUUAUCUGCCAGAUAACCAUGUCAUGCUGGAUUGAAGAUGAUAGUUUGUGGAGACCAACACAGUUUCUGAAACCCACCUAUUGCAGUAUUAUGGACUGAUGAGAGAUCCAGCCAUUGGCUUGUAUAGAGAUGGUUUAGUGGGGUGCAUUUGUGAGGAGGUGAUUCGAAAGACAGGCUAUUCAUUAAACAGUAACAUAUGAUGACUUGAGAACCGACUUCCAAAAUUCAAGCCCAAAUAAUAGACUUGGUAAAUAAUUCACAAGUACAUUUUCAAAGGCUUUUAUCAAGUCACUACAACUUGCCACUUAGUGAAUUGUUCCCAGUUUUAAGAUAAGGCCAAUUGGUCAUAUGUGCAUACCUAAAUAUCUUGCUUAAAUGUCUACAUUGGCCCUAAACACAGCAAAACAUUUGCCAUUACCUGUUUUAAAGUGUGCUUUCAUGCAAAUAGGACUUAUUGGCACUAGAGCGUAACAGCUCCUCUAUGCUCUGUAUUAGCGGAUGUGUAGACAAAGUUUUAUUUUUUGAAUUAAGAUUUGUGUGAAGGUAUAAAGUUCAAAUAUGGUGAUAUGGGAUGCAUGCACAUCUGGCCCAUCUCAUAUUGCAAAGAACAUCGGUACACAAUGUGUUGCAUUAUGGGAACGCACAAAUAUACCCAUAAACCAAUCCAGAACCCCAAACAUUACUAAAUUAAUAAAUUAAUAUUUUCUGAUUUCAAAUGUCUCCUCCUGACAUUUGUUGCUUUUAGGGGUAGAGUGAAGUCCCCAUGGAUUUUUAGGUUCUAGACGAGAGAAAAUGUGUGCCCCAAAACCAUUAAUUUACUUUAUUAUUAUAUUCAUCAUAUUCUUAACUUUUAUGCAACCUUUUCAGAAUCACCUUUUUAACCCCAUAAGGACACAUGACAUGUGUGACAUGUCAUGAUUCCCUUUUAUUCCAGAAGUUUGGUCCUUAAGGGGUUAAAGGAAACAACCCACCAAAAUAGUUAUGUUCAGUUGUGUUUAUUUUUUUACACCUGGUUAAAUUUUAAAUGAUCCUUACAAUUGCAUGGAAAACUUCAUACAAAAUAGUUUGACUCACGCAAACUAGAGAUCUCUCUCAGAAAGGUUUUUUAGAAAUAUUUAAUUGCAUGUAAAGUGUUGUUUAAAAAGGGAGCAUUACAAUAUCACUCUAUUUCCCAACCAUAUCACUAUCUCUGCCAUGCUAAAGUCAGUCUCUUAGUUAAAUCUCCAAAUUUGCCUAAUUUCUCAGUUUGUCACAGAGGAAUGCAACUUCUAAAACAAUACCUGUUAACAGGAUCCCACCAAAACUUCCAGUGGGAAUUCUGGCAAAAACAAAAUGUUAAAUUAAUUGGAGAAUGCUGUCUUUAUGGUUAUAUUGCCGUUCUGAUCGUACAAUAUGCCAAUAUUGGUACUUUUUGCCUUCUCUGUGACCUCUUGCAAAGCAGAAAUUAAAAAUACACACAUGCACCUCUAAUGGUCUGUGUUCGCCAAAGAGACAGAAACAAUGUCUUUUAAAUUGAAUAAAGUAAAAUGCAGACAUUACAAGAAAUCUAUACCUUCAAUACAGAGUUGUGUUCCUUGAAAUACAUAUGUUGCAUAGAUGCGUUUGUGAUUUUUUUUUUUACCCUCAGAAGAGGAUUCUGGGACAUAAGUUGUAGUAAGAUGAUAUCCCAUGCUCUCCAGGGCUGACUAAGGAAAGCACAGGGUCUUGUUAUCCGGAAAGAGCUGUUCUACAAGCUUUAUUGUAAUCCUCCCUCCCUUUUCCAUUUUUCAUCCUGUGUACCUGGGGGCAUUUUAUUUAUUUAUUUUUUUAUAUGUUAUUCUGUCAGCUGUUGUGACAUGAAACAUAUAUUUACUUGGUGAUUUAAUAGGACACUUUAUUUUUUUACAUCUACAUAGAUGAUUGCUUUUUUCCCCUCACUUCCAUAUUAACCUCUGUCCUUAGGAUAUGGAACUUGUGCAAUGACUUUGUUCAUUACUUUAUACCCAUCAAUCACCCAAAUUAGCCACUUCUCUGCAGAAGGGACACGGCCUACUUUCAAUAACCGCUGCAGUUUUCUGCACUCCGGAUAUUGUUGUCCUUUAUGAUGAGAGAAAUGUCUUAUUUAUUUUUCUUGGCAUCUAGUAUGUGAAGCCAGAGUAGGCGUUCUCAAGUGUAUGUUUAACACUCCAAAAAAUGCUAGGGGGUUAUGGCAGGGACUCAGGCAGUGCAGCAAUGCAUUAUUUACAACGUGCAUAAAUUAAGUACCAAACCAUAUGUCUCAGAAGGUUCCUGUUGUGAAGGCAUUGAAUGAAAGAAGCUCUGUGUCUUUAAGAAAGAACAGGAUUUUUUCCCUUCUUUUUACAGCAUCCCCCACCCCCCUCCCUGGUUCAAGAAACCUGACCUAAUCCUUUUGCACAUGGGUUAAUUUAUUGCUCUGUUGGGCUUUCCUUGAUGGCAAAUUGCAUUGUCUUUAUUCCUGAGUCCAAGCUUUGGUGAGGUCUGCUGCAUUCCACAGGCUGUGUUCCCAGCUGAUCUUUCACACCACUCUAAGUACAGUCAAAUAGGUUUUAUUAGAGAGCUUUGUUAUGCAAACAGGCCAAUAAUAAUCAGCUCAUUAUUCCGCAAGAUUGCUUGAUUAGCAACUCAAAAGAAGUUAAUGGAACGAUCCCAAAUCUUCCAACUUACUUUUGGAUAGAUUAUUCUUCCUUUCUUUAGUUAACAUUUUUUCUAAGUCCCAUUUUAAGGCUAAACUAAUUGUUCGCAUAUUGUAUCAAGGGUAAGGACAGGUUGUGUUAAAGCAAUGUGCAUUUAUUAAAUUUCAUUACAUUUUAAACGUUUAUUACAAGAGUUCAUGUAGUGUAUAUACUUUUUGUUGUUGUUUUUUUUGUUUUGCUACAAUGCCACUUCGUUGACGGCUCUUCCGGUUUGUCCAGUGAAAAUCAGUUAACUGGAAAUACCAUUAUCUGGUAAUUGAAAUGCAAAUCUCUUGUUCACAAAAAGGUGUUAAUUAGCUAUCAAGAUAACUAAUCGCCCUGCUUUUCUGUUUUUUUUAUUUUAUUUUUUGUGUGUCUUUGUUUAUCUACUCUAUUCACGGUUAUUCAGUAGACUUGCAAAUUCUAAAAAACUAAAAUAGCAGAAUUGGGAAUCAACUCCAACUCAACUUGAAUAUUUUGGUGUAAAGUUUUAAAUUCCCUAAAGAAUUUCCAAAAAUUCCUUGUGAUUAUUCAUGUGAGAAACAAAAAAAUUAAUUACUCUUUAGCUCCUAUCAUGAGGCAUUCAGUGCAGUUGCCUGUUAAGUGUUUGUAAGUUUGGUUGUUGUAUUAGCUUUGUUUUCCUUGAUGUAUAUUGGAGUUUAUUCCCGGAAUAUAGAAUUGUAAUUAAAAAACAAAAUGCUAACUUCCGGCUCAAUAUCUGAGCUGCUACAAUAGCUGAGUUGGAGAAUUUUUAAAAAGUCACUAUUUGGCCAGUGUCGCUGGGGCGUCAUUAGCCAGAACAAGAGUUUCUGGCUAGCUAACAGAUUUGCUUUUAUUGGCUAAGAGCAGUCUGAGCCAAUGAAUGCAGCUCUGCACAAGCCAGAUUCACAUUACUUAACCUUCGACCACCAGCGAGGACCUAAGUACGAGGGUAAAAUGUUUUUUCCCCACUACCAGGGAAUGGGAACAGUAUUUUAUUCCACAUUAACCACUGCAACUGGCUUUACUGUUUAAUUGUCAUGUCACUGCUUUGAGAAUAAACCCUUAUAAUUUUGCAGGCUACGUAUUAUCCUGUUAGAGUAAAGUAUUUAGUUUAGUUAAACAGACUCUUCAAGCACUAUAAUUUUCAAUGUAUAGGUUAUGUUGUAAAUAUAUUCCCUGCCCUUGUUUUCCAGCAUUUUGUUUAUUUCAGCUGCACUGGUUUUGAAAAAUCUCUCCCCCUUCUCAUACACUGAAUUGGGGAACCCAUAGAAGAUCCGAGAUAAUUCAUGCAAGCUGAUUCAUAGCAUUUAGUGACAAGCAUGGAAUUUUCAUUCGUGUCUUUUAAUGAAUUAAAUUACUUAGUAUGGCCAAACUACAGAUGCCAAAAACCCAGAGGGCAGGCGUAGCUAACCUUCAGCACUCCAGAUGUUGUGGACUAUAUCUCCCAUAAUGCUGGCAAAGCAUCAGGGGAGAUGUCUACAAAAUCUAGAGUACCAAAGUUUGCCUACCCAUCCUCUAUGACAGGCUUCCCCUAACUCCAGCCCUCCAGGUGUUGCUGAAGUACAACUCCCAUGAUUCUAUGAAUGAAAUAGGCUGAGAAUCAUGGGCACUGUCAUACAUAUCGCGGUCGCAGGGGUCACUCGAGGGGACCCGGCCGCCCUGUGGACCCCUGCCGCCAUGUUUUGAAGUGGUACAUCGGGUUGCCCAUGCUGUUAGUGCCACCCUAUGGAAAUGGAUUUUCAGGGGGCCCGGUCAGCGCUGCUGCGCUUUAACAGCGCGACUGGGCCCCCUGUGAUGACAUCAGACAGAGCUGGGAGGAAGUGACUGCUCUGGUCACUCCUCCCAGCUAUCAGAGAGCCGCGUGGGAGGAAGGUGGAGGGAGUCAUAGUGGGAACUCUGACUCCCUUCAGGCUGAGCCCCCACUGGACCCCAGGGAAAGUCACUCUCCUGUAAAAGGUAGAAAACAGAAGGGUGACUUAAACAUUUUGUGUAUGUGUGUGUCUGUCUGUCUGUCUGUGUGUGUGUGUGUGUGUCUGUGUGUCUUUAUGUGUGUGUCUCUGUAUGUAUGUGUCUGUGUGUAUGUGUGUGUCUGUAUGUGUGUGUCUCUGUAUGUAUGUGUCUGUGUGUGUGUGUGUGUGUGUCUGUAUGUGUGUGUGUCUCUAUGUGUCUGUAUGUCUGUGUGUCUCUGUAUGUAUGUGUCUGUAUCAUACGGACACAUACAUACAGAGACAUAAACACAUACAGAGUCACAAAUACAUACAGACGCAGAGACACACAUACAUACAGACACAUACACAUACAGACAUAUACAUACAGAGACGCAUACAUACACACACACACAUACAGGCACAUACAUACAGACUGUAUGUGUGUGUGUGUCUAUAUGUAUGUGUGUGUGUGUGUCUCUAUAAGUGUCUGUGUGUAUAUCUGUCGGGGGCUGUGUGUCUGUGUGUAUGAGUGUGUCUGUUUGCAUGUGUGUGUGUACGUAUGUGUCUGUGUGUCUGUCGAGGGGUGUAUGUGUGUGUGUCUGUAUGUAUGUGUCUGUCAAGGGGGUGUAUGUGUGUGUGUCUGUAUGUAUGUGUCUGUCAAGGGGGUGUAUGUGUGUGUGUGUCUGUAUGUAUGUGUCUGUCGAGCGGGGUGUAUGUGUCUGUAUGUAUCUAUGUGUCUGGGAGGGCAUGGAUCGGGGGGGAGGCACGGAUCCGUUUCGCACCGGGGCUCCUGGACUGUGUGUACACUGAUCAUGGGAGUUGUAGUUCAGCAACAUCUGUAGGGCCAGCGUUUGGGGGAAAGCCUGCUCUAUGGAAUGCACACCAAAUGGAAACAGCAGGAGGAACAAAUUAGACUUUAAUUUUCAGGCACUUCCUGGUCAUUGCUUAAACUACACAUAUUUAGUGACUAAAGGCCUUUCAAAUGUGAGUAUAUUUUCUGUAUAAAUAGGGAUUAAUUCUUUCUAAGUAAUACUGGCCCUCACUUCACAAUAAAAGGGUGCCUAAAAUAGACCAGGGCUUUUUAGGACUACACUUGGGGCAGUCUGGGGCAGCCCUCCCCUAGCAACAUCUAUCACAUGUUUUAGUCUGUAACUUGCAGUAAUGCAAACAAAUGUGAAAUGUGUCUUUUAAAUAUAUAUAAAACGUAAAAAAUUGUAGUAUCAGCAUAAUGAGUUAAAAGUAAGACUAAGGAGGAAAAAAUAUAACCGGUUGCAAAGGCAUGUGCUUUGGAAAAUAUAUUUUGCUGCAGUCUUUUACAAUGUAGUAAUUGUGACUAAUACGGUUACAAUGGGAGCUUUCUUUAUCAGGCUCAGCAGAUGAAAGGUACUGCGGGCCUUUUAGGAGAUUAGAACUGGAAGACUUCAGGUUAGAUGUUCUAUGAACAACAGCAAACAGAGGAGCAGCUUCAGCAGUGUUUGCGCUGUGUUUGACUUUCACAACUUUAUGUGUGAUUUUAAUAUAUUGUAUAGUUUAAUCACAUACUUUAAUGGAAUUAAUGGAAUCAAUAAAGCAACUGCUCCACUUGUUUAAUGUGCAUAUUUUGAAGAAGACGUGUUUUCAGCUGGUAUGGUUCAACCUACCAUAGAAUGAUCAGACGCACUCUUUAACAUUUAUGAAUAAUACAUCCAUGCAGUAGACAUUUGCCACGAGCAUCUUUGGUUAAUUUGACUGUCGGUUUCUCUAACUCACCUGCUAUCAUACUCAAUUAACCAUUGCUAUUGGGGACAGUGUUUUUCUUGCCAUGAAGCUAGUCUAUUGGCUGCUAACAAGCUGAGCAUUGAGGGAAAUAGGCCUACAACAACUGGAGUGCCACAGAAUAGCCACCGUUGCCCUAGGAUCAUGGCACACCGCAGAUCCCUUUCAUUCUGUGUUUUGUUUUUUUAAAUGAGAUGUAAUUUACCUGAAUAGCUUGUCAGGCAUAGGAAAAUGACAGGUAUUAUGUGUGUCCCAAUUUUUUUUUGAUGUGGGUCUUCUUGAUAAAAAUAAAACUUUAUUAUUAUUAUUUUAUUAUUGAUAUAGUGCCAGCAAAUUCCAUAGCGCUGUACAAUGGGUCAGUGUUGCAUAUCAAUUACACAAUAUAAAACACAGUUUAAUGUAUAUUACCGUAAUUGCUAUCUAAAGGACUAAGUCAUUCUAAAAUCCAUUGCCUGCAGUUUAAACAUGCAUCACUGAAUGUUUUAUUGUUAUAGAACCGUGUUUUAAUGAUAUGUGAUUAUCUAUCCAUAAGGAAGCUGUGCCCAGGUAGUUGUGCCAACAGGGAAAGAGGAAGGAUUAAUAAGCACAUCCUGAACUAUCUUGCUUUGCAUGUAAUGCAUCUAUCUCAUAUAUUAGUUUCCCCUUUUACGUUGCAUUACUGAAAUAGAUGAACUGUUGCACGAUAUUCUAAUUUUUCACGUAUCACCUGAAUGUAACAUUUUCCAAAGUAUUCAGUUUAGUGUCCUUGUCCGUAUUUAAUAACUCCCCCCCCCCCUUCGUUUCACAUAAAAACAAUUUUGUUAUGUUUUUCCAGUGCCUAGACUCUCUCAGUGCUGCUCAGCUCUCUGCUUCCCACAACAUUUCAGAGGAGGCGUGGCUUCCAUCAAAACGGUCCAAUCCAAUGCUCCUCGUAGUGCGGUCCCAAUGUGCAUGUGUUUCCAAGCUUCCCCAUAGGAAACCAUUGAAUUAAUGCAGUCCUAUGGGGGGGUUUCGCAUCAUGUGACCCAGUUGUACUUGGCCAGUGCCGUGGAAGCGCCUCUGGUAGCUAUCAGUAUAACAACCUCUAGAGGAGGAUUUUACCCUGCAAUGUAAACAUUGCAGUUUCUUAACCCCUUCAGGACGGGUGACGGACGAGGUCCGUCACACAGGGGAGACCCUUAACGACGGGUGACGGACCUCGUCCGUCACGCGGUAAAAUUAACCCCGGAUCGCCGCUAUCGCGGCGAUCGCGGGGUUAAUGGUGCUCCCGGUAUGCCUCUGCAUUGGAGGCAUACCGGGAGCACCCGGUCAAGCUGCCCAGCACAUGUGCUCGCUCUGACCGCAAGUCAGAGCGAGCACAUGUGCUCUGCAUACUUACCUACCGGCUCCCUGCACUUCCGGGUUCUGUGUGAAGUGCAGGGAGCCGGAUCAGUGCUGAUCCUGCCCCCUGCUGGAAAAAAAAAUAAAGUUAAUUUAAAGUGUCCCCCCCCUUACCCAUUUUAAUAAAAAAUUAACCCCUUCCCUGCCAAUUGAUCACUGACUACAGUGAUCAAUUGGCAGGGAUUACAUUUUACUAUGAUCUGAUUUUUUUUUUUUAACCCCUGAGGGUUAAUUCUUUUUUUUUUAACCCUCAGGGGUUAAAUUAAUUAAAUUAAUUAAUUAAAUUAUUUUUAAAUUAUAUAUUUAGAUAGCUGGGGUAGGUGGAAGCUAGUGGGGAAUUGGGGGAUUUGACGUUAGGCUAACUAGGGGUUAACGUUAAAAAAAAGUUUUAAAAGAAACUUUAAAAAGUUAAAAAUUAAGCUUAAAAAAUGUUUUAAUAACAUUUAAGUAAUAAAAACAAAAAAACACACUUUACCUAGUCCAAAUAAAAAUUAACCCCUUCCCUGCCAGUCGAUCACUGCCUACAGCGAUCAAAUAGAGAUCACAGUAUUAUACUGUGAUCUAAUUUUUUUUAACCCCUGAGGAUUAACUUUUAUUUAUUUUUUUAACCCUCAGGGGUUCAAUUUAUUUAAUUAAUUAAUUUAAAUAUUUUAUAACUAUAUAUUUUGCUAGCUGGGGUGGGUGGGAGUUAUGGGAAAAUGGGGAAUUUACUGUUAGUGCUGCGUACUGCUAGUUAGGGGUUAACAGUAAAAAAAAUAGCUUAGAAAAAUGUUAAAUCUGUAAAAAAGUUUUAAGAAAGUUUAGGAAAGUUUAAAAAAAAUUUAUAAGCAAAACAAAAGUUUAAAAACUAGUUUUUAAAAGUAAAAAAGUUAUAAAAAGUAAAAAAAUACAUUUUAAAAACGCUCAUUACCACUACACCUGGAACAAACUAGAGAAAAAAUUAUCCCACGCCAAGGUUCAAAAUAUGCCUUUUGAAUUACCCCAGGGUGUAUUCUUUAAUAAAUAGUAUGUGUUUGUGGGGAAGUUUCAAUAACCAACCGUCUAAACUAUUCCAAAUUGGAACAUGGACACAGCGUAAAACUUCAAAGUUAGAAAAAAACUGAAUGGCUGCGUCUCAAAUGCGCCCCUUCAACAUCCACAUAUACCUGGCAAAGGUACAUACGGGGGUAUUGCUGUACUCAGCCGACAUAGCUGAGCAACAUAUGAAGUAUUAUACAGUCAUAGUACACAUAAGGUUUGCAAAAUAUGCUGCGCAAACUCACUUUGUAUGUCAAAAAGGCAGAAAAAAUGCUUAUUACCACUACACUUGGUACAAGCUAGCGGAAAAAUGAUCCCACACUAAGGUUCAAAAUAUGCCUUUUGAAAUACCCUGGGAUGUCUUCUUUAAGAAAUGGUAUGGCUUUAUGGGGAAUUUGGAUUAUAUAGCCUGGUAAAAUACUCUAAAAUGGGACAUAGGCACAGCAUAAAAAUUCAAAGUUUGAAAAAAACUGGAAUGGCUGUGUCCCAAAUGUGCCCCUCCGAUGUCCACACAUACCUGGCAAAGGUACAUACGGGGGUAUUGCUGUACUCAGCCGACAUAGCUGAGCAACAUAUGAAGUAUUAUACAGUCGUAGCACACAUAAGGUUUGCAAAAUAUACUGUGCAAACUCACUUUGUAUGUCAAAAAGGCAGAAAAAUGCUUAUUACCACUACACUUGGUACAAGCUAGCGGAAAAAUGAUCCCACGCUGAGGUUCAAAAUAUGCCUUUUUGAAAUACCCUGGGAUGUCUUCUUUAAGAAAUGGUAUGGCUUUAUGGGGAAUUUGGAUUAUAUAGCCUGGUAAAAUACUCUAAAAUGGGACAUAGGCACAGCAUAAAAAUUCAAAGUUUGAAAAAAACUGGAAUGGCUGUGUCCCAAAUGUGCCCCUCCGAUGUCCACACAUACCUGGCAAAGGUACAUACGGGGGUAUUGCUGUACUCAGCCGACAUAGCUGAGCAACAUAUGAAGUAUUAUACAGUCGUAGCACACAUAAGGUUUGUAAAAUAUGCUGCGCAAACUCACUUUGUAUGUCAAAAAGGCAGAAAAAACGCUUAUUACCACUACAUCUGGUACAAGCUAGCGGAAAAAUGAUCCCACGCUAAGGUUCAAACUAUACCUUUUGAAACACCCUGGGGUGUCUACUUUAAGAAAUGGUAGGCCUUUGUGGGGUAGAUUGAAUUUAAAACCUGCGAAGAUGCUUGGAAAUUGCACAUAGGCCCAGCGUCAAAAUUCAAAGUUUGGUAAAAACGGAUAUGGCUUGGUCUCCUAUAUGGCACUGUAGCUUCACAAAAUAGUGACAAAGACAUUCAUUGGGGGUGUAUUUUUACUCAAAGACUUAGCUGAGCAUAAUUUGGGAGGUUUGAACUUAGUGGCACAUAUGAAAUAUACAAAACGCCCAGCAAAAAUGCAAUCCGUAUGUAAAAAAUGCACAAAAUAAUUUUUUUACCACAUACUUUGGCAUAUAUUGGUGAAAAAAUGGGGGUAUGUUAAGGCACAAUAUGCACCUUAUGAGAUACCCUGGAGUGUCUACUUUUACAAAUGGUAGGCCUUUGUGGGGGUUUUUUGAACAGUCAAACUGUUAUAAUACCCCAAAUGGAAGCUAAGGCUCAUUAAAUCCAUCUCUCAAAAUUCUACUGUGAAUACUGUAAAGGACAGGUCUCCUAUAUGGCACUGUAGCUUCACGAAAUAGUGCCAAAGACAUUCAUAUGGGGUGUCAUUUUACUCAGAAGACUUAGCUGAGCAUAAUUUGGGGGGUUUGAACUUAGUGGCACAUAUGAAAUAUACAAAACGCCCAGCAAAAAUGCAAUCCGUAUGUAAAAAAUGCACAAAAUUUUUUUUACCACAUACUUUGGCAUAUAUUGGUGAAAAAAUGGGGGCAUGUUAAGGCACAAUAUGCACCUUAUAAGAUACCCUGGAGUGUCUACUUUUACAAAUGGUAGGCCUUUGUGGGGGUUUUUUGAACAGUCAAACUGUUAUAAUACCCCAAAUGGAAGCUAAGGCUCAUUAAAUUCAUCUCUCAACAUUCUACUGUGAAUACUGAAAAGGACAGGUAUCCUGUAUGGCACUGUAACUUCACGAAAUAGUGCAAAAGACAUACAAUGGGGGUGUCAUUUUACUCAGCAGAUGUAACUGAACACAAAAUAAAACUUUGUACAGGAAUAGCACACACCAACUUUACAAAAUAUACACGAGAAUUUCUCUGUUAUAAGUUUGUGUGCCAAAAACCAAAAAGAACACAAUUUUACUCCAAUAUUUAGCAGAGGUUGGCGGUGAAAUGGCUACGUAGAAAGUGUCAAAACAACCUUAGGUAAAUAGCCCGUGAUGUCUACUUUAUAUAAAUAUAUACUUUUGUGUGGCAAUUUUGUUUUCUUUUAUGGCUAUUAAGCUUACAAGACAAACAUACCAAAUUCUAAAAUCGCUCCACAUUAAAAGUUUAUUUUACUCCUUGUGCUUUGUGACCUGUAACUACCAAAAAAAACUUAAAAUCCCAGACACAUUAUAUAUUCUGUAAAUCAGAACAACUAAAUAAAUUUAUUUUUAAUUACUUUCCUUAACCUGCACUAAUUAUGCACACAUUAUUAUUGCAAAAACUGUAAAAAAAAACAAUAUUUUUCAUUUUUUUUGCAUUUUUCUGUAUUUUUUUUAUAAUAAGUAAGCAUUUAUAUAUAUAUAUGUUAUAUCAAAUUAAAGCCCUUUCUGUCCUUUAAAAAACAGUAUAUAAUAUGUGUCGGUGCAAUAAAUGAGAGAGAUGCAAAUUGCAGUUGAACGCAAACAGCAAGAAAAUGCAAAAAUUGCUUGUGUCAUUAAGCGUAAGUCAAGCUUCUGAAGCUGUGUCCUUAAGGGGUUAAAAAUGGCAAUGUUUUACAUUGCAGGGAUACAGACACAGGACCACUGCACCAAGAAUAAUGUAUUUGAGAUGAAGUGGUCCUUUAAAAAGGUCUUGAGACAUUGAUUAGAAAUAUUCACUGAUGAUAUAGCCUGCUAGAGCCUAAACAAAAUCUUGUUAACUAUGUUGAGUUUUUGGCUUUUUGGGUUCAUUUCAGUCAGCUAAUUUUUCAAUCUUCUGGUCUCCCUGUUGAAAGAUGUGGCAGCCAAAAUUCAAGAUAUGUUGGCACUUCAUUUUUUUCCCUCUGUGUCAAACCCAAGUAAACAAAGUUCUGAGGUGGAGAGUGCCAACAAUACCAACGUGUACUGCCAGGCAUGAGUCACACAAGGAGAUUUUGUGAUCCUUCCAGGUUUCAAACAACUACGCUAUUGAGUAAACGCUUAAUACCGAACUCUGCAUCUUUUAUAUAGGGCAGAUAGGUAACACUGGGAGUUCUGCAAUGUGUAUGAAUUUAUUUUAACGGGGUUGUACUUGACUUUAUUUCUUUGACUUCUAUCCACACAAGUCACACUGCUCUUUUAUUAAAAACACUGGUGAAUGUACAAGGACAGCCAGGGAUCUAGAAAGUUGGAAAGUACUUGGUUGCGACUCCAGUGUUAGGGGGUCCAAAAUAUAAUCCACAGUUUAUCCGUAUAAACACAGCCACAUUUUUUUAAAAUUAAUUAUUGAAUGUUCUGCGGGUGCUAAAUCACUAGAAAAAAAAUCUGUUCUACUGUGUCUAUGAAUUAAGGAAGGAUUAUAUUCCUGCCUUUAAGUAAUUUUAAGUAUGUUCUUUAAGAAGAAUUAUGACUUUGUUGCAGCAUCGCCAUUUUGGUUUUCAUUAUGAGUUUCUCAUUCUCCCAGGCAGGACUUGGAAGCACACAUCUGAAUGCAAUGUGUGGAGCAUAUGAUAUAAGCAAUAUUACAUAGUUACAUGGGCUGAAAGGAGACAUGUAUCCCUCAAGUUCAGCCUUUCUCACAUCUUUUUUCGCUGUUAAUCCAAAAGAAGGCAAAAAAAACCAGCUUCAAGCACGGAUAAAUUUUGCAACAAACAUGGACAAAAUUCCUUCUUGACCCCAGAAUGGCAGUCAGAUCGCUCCUUGGAUCAAGAAGCUAAUUAAAAUGUAUAUAUAUCCCUGAAUAUUAUUUUGUUUCAAGUAUUCAUCCAGUUGCUGUUUAAACAUCUGUACAAACUGUGAUAAAACCACCUCUUCAGGCAGAUAAUUUCACAUUGUUAUCAUUGUUACUGUAAAACAAAAACCUUUCCUUUGCCUUAGACUAAAUCUCCUUUCUUCCAGUCUACAUGCAUGACCUUUUGUCCAAUGUAUAGUCUUGUUUAUGAAUAGAUUUCCAAACAGUGGUUUUUAUUGGCCACAAUUAUAUUUGUAUAAUAUUAUCAUAUACCCUCAGAGGCGCCAUUUUUCUAAACUAAACAAAUUUACGCUUGUUAACCUUUCCUCAUAACUAAAAAGUUCUAUUCCUUUUAUUUUUUAGCCGCCUCUGCACUUUUUCUAGUGUCAUAAUAUCCUUCUUUAGAACAUGUGCCCAAAAUUCCAUCGAAUAGUCAAAGUGUGGUCUUACCAGUGAUUUAUAAAGAGGCAAAAAUAUAUUUUCAUCCAUUUUUAUACAUGACAAUACCUUACUUGUCUUGGCAACUGCUGAUAAACAUUGCACAUUGUCUAUAAAAUUCCUGAAUCCUUCUUCUGUGUUCUAAUCCCUAAAGCACAUUAUUUAGGAUGUAAGUUGCUUGUGCAUUCUUUACCCCAAAGUGCAUAACUAUUCAUUUAUCUACAUUGCAUUUCAUCUGCCAUCUUAGUGCCCAGUCCCCCAAUCUAUCUAAAUCCCUUUGGAGUGAAUUUACAUCCUGCUCACAUAUUCUGUUAGACGCAGUCCCAGAAUAAAAUAAAUGAGGGACACCACUUGCCACUUUUUUUGAAAAUCUAUCAUUGAUAACAACUCUCUGUACUCUGUCCUUAAGCCAGUGUUAUACCCAAGAACAGGAAUUUUCAUCUAGACUAAUUUAUUUUAGUUUGAACAGUAACCUAUCGUGUGUAACUGUAUUAAAUGCCUUGGCAAAAUCCAAGCAGGUCACAUCCACUGGAACAUUGUUCUUAUUCUGUGUACAAUGCAAUUAAGUUAGUUUGACUUGACCUAUGUUUCAUAAAAACCAUGAUGAUUUUUGCUAAUAAAAAAUAUUCUUCUCAAUGGAUUCCUGAAUAUUAUCCCUUAAUAACACUUUAAAUACUUUUCACAGAAGUUAAACUCACAGGUCUAUAAUUUCCAAGCAGGUAUUUUGAACUGUUUUUGAAUAUAGGAACCACAGUACAAUUUUUGAAAGAAAAUAAUUCUGAAAGAUUAAAAACAGUGGUUCACUAAUUUCCACAUUUAGCUCCUUAAGUAUUUGUGGGUGAAUACGAUCAGGCCCCAGAGCUUUGUUUACAUUAUUUUUUUUAGUUGCUGCAGCACCUUGUCAUAAGUCAUCCAAUCACAUUUUGUUCUGUAAGUGCUUUGCAGCAAUCAUAUGAAUAUCUCUUGCCAUAGGUUCCUUUUUAAUAUAUGUUGAGGAAAAAAAGUUAACGUAUAUACUCGAGUAUAAGUCGACCCGAAUAUAAGCCGAGGCCCCUAAUUUUACCCCAAAAAACUGGGAAAACUUAUUGACUCUGGUAUAAGCCUAGGGUGGGAAAUGCAGCAGCUACUGGUAAAUUUCUAAAUAAAAUUAGAUCCCAAUAAAAUUACAUUAAUUUAAUAUUUAUUUACAGUGUGUGUAUAUAAUGAAUGCAGAGUGUGUGUGUGUGUGUGUGUGUGUGUGUAGUAUGUGUAUAUAAUGAAUGCAGUGUGUGUAUAUAAUGCAGUGUGUGUUUGUAUGAAUGCAGUGUGUGUAUAUAAUGAAUGCAGUGUGUGUAUAUAAUGCAGUGUGUAUAUAAUUAAGUGUGUGUGUAUAUGAUGCAGAGAGUGUGUGUGUGUGUGUGUCUGUGCAGUGUGUGUGAACUGGGUGGGGGGAGGGCAUUUUUAUUUUAAUAUUGUUAAUUUUUUUGUUAUUAUUUGUAUUAUUUUAACCCCUUAAGGACACAUGACAUGUGUGACAUGUGUGACAUGUCAUGAUUCCAUUUUAUUCCAGAAGUUUGGUCCUUAAGGGGUUAAUAUAUUUUAAAUUUUUUUUAUAUAUUUUUUUGUCCCCCCCUCCCUGCUUGAUACCUGGCCAGGGAGGGGGGCUAUAUGAUUCCCUGGUGGUCCAGUGGCAUGGGCUGUGCAGGAGGGGGGCUGAGAGUAAGCUCUUACUUACAUGUGCAGCAGCUCUGUUCAGCUCCCUGUAAAUCUCGCGGUCUGCGCGUAGUGUGUGUAUAACCCUGUGUGUGUGUAAUUGUGUAGUGCCUGUAGUGUGUGUAACCCGUAGCAACGCACUGACGGCCGUGGGUCUCGCGAGAUUUACACAGUGAGCUGACCGGAACGGAGGAGAAGGGAGCUGAACGGAGCAGCUGCACGUGUAAGUAAGAGCUUGCUCCGGCUCCCAACAGGACCGCCGGGCUUGUAAUGAGCCCGACGGUCCUGGUCUGUAUUAUGGCAAUGUAAGUUGCCAUAAUACAGACAUUGACUCGAGUAUAAGCCGAGGGGGGCUUUUUCAGCACAAAAAAAUGUGCCAGAAAACUCGGCUUAUACUUGAGUAUAUACGGUAUUUCUCCAUUUUACCGGUCUUCAUUAACAAACACACCCAUCUCUAUUUUCAGUGUACCUACACUUUUAUAUUUACAAUGUAUGUACUUGUCCUCUGUGCGCUAUGUGCAGUUUAUAUGAUCAAAAUCUGAAAUCGAUUUAAUAAUUACUGCCCGUAACAAAAUGAAAACUUCAUGAUUACUUCAUUGACUUUUUGUAACCCAGGCACAAAUUAAUUUCACAAAAUGCCUGCAAACACAACAUUCUGUCUAAUUUAGUGAAUAAUUAACAAGCAUCACUGGAAACAUAUGGUGUAGUGGCAACUCUUAUAUACUAAUGUAUAAACAUUGAGCAUCCACAUCCUGAUUCUGGACUCAUUGUAAUUCAAAUACAACAUUCUCGAGCUUGCUUUCCAAAGUAACUCUUGUGAGCCACCAUUUGUAUUGCAGAAAAAUAAUUGUGCAGACAGUACAAUAGUAUCCAGCAUCACUAUGUACGCAGCUGUGACCAGAGCUGCAGCAAUGCAAUGCUAGAGAAUGACAAAGUGUAUUGCACACUAUAUCACACUGAGUUACUGCUGUUCCAUAUAUCCACAAUACACCUGUCAAGUUUACUGUGAGAAGUAAAAAAAAAAAAAAGGGAACAUAAUAUUUUUUAAUUUCCACCUCUAGAAUCAAACUAUUGUGAUUUCUGUACUCUGGACAGAAAAUGGCUCUAAAUCUCUUAAUAAAAUUCAUAAUUGUAACCUUUUAUUUGAAUUCUUUAGAGAAAUAAAGCCAUUUUGUACAGCUAUGUACUGCCAAGCAUAGGGAAAACUAAAACUAAGGGAUUUAUGCAGCCAGAUCUCCAGCUGCUUUAAUGUCUUCUAGUUGCUGUUAUACACACUUACUGAGCCAGCCAUAACAGUUGGACAGUUGGCAUGGAGAGUGUUAUAUGUACAGGGAUGGUUAUUAAAGGGACACUAUAGUCACCAGAGCAACUACAGCUUAUUGAAUUUGUUCUGGUGAAUAGAAUCAUUACCUUCAGGCUUUUUGCUGUAAACACUGUCUUUUCAGAGAAAAUGAGGUGCUUACAUUACAGCCUAGGAUCACCUCUAGUGGCCAUUCCUCAAGCCAGGAUCUCUGCUGACGCUUUGGUGCCCCUUUAAGCACAGCUGCGAUAUAAAAUGUGCAGAGAGGGUGCGUGACAUCACUGAACCCCCUGACUGGAGAUGAAGGUUUCUUACACCAGUUUUCAAGUCUUGCUCAUUAUGAUUAAUGUGCACCUUAUCUUAUUAUACACUGAAACUAUAUAACCCACAUAUACUUUCAUUGUUUAUGAAAAAUAGAGGCUUGUUUAAUGAAGGGUUAAGCAACCUUUCAGAAUACUAUGGAACACUUUGGAGUUUUGUUUUAUAUUUUUUUUUUUGGCAAGAAUAUAGUCAUGAAUGCCAGAUGUCAGACACUACGGCACAUGUCACUGCUGUAUUCAGACGUGUACUUUUAAAGCCUGCGGCCAGUAUGUAUUCUGAAAUUGUGUGGAUGUUUGGGAAGGGAGGUGGGAGGAAAUAGGUCUCCUCUCCCUUUUUUUUUUCCUUCUAUGUGCCUCACCUGGGAACACAGAUGUCCUGCGUCGCCCUGGGGUUAGAUUUCACAUCACAGCCUUAGCAGGAGCUGGUAAUACUCUGUGUUAAGCUACUUUCUGUGUCCUAAAUCACUUCCGUCUCCUUCCAGCAACCAAUAACACCCUGUGCCCAUAUCCAAUUCUUUCAUUUUUUUAAGGAAUAACACCAACCUGUUUCUGUCUGCACAGUGCUGUACAUGUCAAGCAAAUAAGUCUCUUUCAUGCAUUUUUUAAAUUUAUUUUUUAUGACCAUCAAGACUUUUGCACAGCAAUAGUUUUCACCACCAUGUUGGAUGCAUGAAAUGUUUGCAUUAUAAAAUUUAAGUCACUGCAAAAAGAAUCUCAAGGAAGUGUUGCAGUGUGAAACUGAUUUUCAUUGGUUAGGAUUUUUUUUUUUUUAUGCAAAAAAGUACAGUGUCUUGUGACAUGUUAUUUAUUUACCGCUUCCCCUGGACUCUGAUCCAGUUACUUUCAGGUGUGUUUAAAAAAACAUUGGAUAAAAUCUUACUUCAGUCUCCUUUAUAGAGAUGUGUAGGAGAGCCACUAUCUCCUAUAUACUUGCUAUUUUAUAUCUCACUUGAACAGACAUGGGAACUCUCUUACACAAGUAGGAAAAAAAAGCCAAUAUCUGUGGACUUUCAUGAGGAGAAUGCAAGGGGAGGAAUCAGCGACUCUUCCACUCGGAGAGAAUGCAGUGGGGAGAGUCAGGUCUCAUCCACACACUUCUAUGAAUGAAACAAAAUACAUUUUUUAACAGUUGGCAGCCGUUUUUAACAUUAAUGCUUACCACUUCUAAUUUGUCAUUAUGUGGGCAACAUAUUUACAUAAAACCAAAUUUAUUGCCUAUACACUAUAGAUUUUAUACUCGUUUGAGCAGGCUUCUAUUGUCCGUGUCAAAAUCUGCGGUAGAAGCUCCCCCCCCCCAUCCUCCUUUGCACUGCAGAAUAGGUUGGCGCUAUAUAAAUGUCAGUAAUAAUACCCUCAGUGUUCAUUCGAGAACAUCUGUUAAAAUAUCGUGUCAUUUUUAUUUUAAGAUUUUACACCAAACACAAUCCUACUGUUUACACUAGGGGUGGAUGAAAACUUAAAUUACCACGGAACACAGCACAUCUCCAUGUCUUUCCUGGGGUUGAGGAGCAAGCUUAAACAAGAUGGGUUUGAAAGCUGUGAAUAGACUCACACAAGCAAGUGAUAGGUGUGUUGGAAGCUCAUCAUUUGAAAUGAAUUAUGUGCUUCUCACAAGUAAUUGGUGGAAUGCUGACAGGGCCUGCAGCCGUUCAGAGUGCAAAAUGUGUAAAUUUAAGGGACUGAACUUUGUGAGCAGAGAUAAGUUACUCUCUGGCAGCUUAAAUGUCAUUUUCUCAUAGACUUCAGUGGGAAAAUUGCUUUUUAAUUACUAUAGAUAAACAUAUUUUUAUUUACAAAAUUCAGCCCUGGGAUAUUGUCUACAGUACAAACUACAGAAACUUCAGUAUUUCUAACAGGAGAAGUACCGUAUACAAUUAGCAGUUCUUACAAAUUGGGAGAAUUUUUUAAGGAACCAAUUUUAUCUUCUCAAACAUAGUUGCUUAAUAUAAAAAGCACGUCACUCGAGAAUUCUGUGAUUAAAAGAAGACUGUCAUCAAAUUUCCACUUCUCAUUUUCUAAAAGUUUAUUGCAUUUAGUGAAAGGUAAUGGUUUUUUUUUAUGAUGUUUAUUUAUUUAUUUUAGAAAAUAUCACUUUUCUUUUCUGGCUUUUCUGAGUAGCCAUGUUGGAUCACAUUCUACUUUUCUCUAACCAGCUGCUGAUGUACCUAACUUGUCUGCUGAUGUGAUUGCUCUAUGACUGUGAACAAAGUUAGGUUGAGCAGCAGUUGGUCAGAUAAUAGUCAAAUCUGACUUAAUAAUAUGGCUGCUCAGCUAGAUAAGAAAAGGGAAACUUUCUAAAAAAAAAAAAUAAUAAAAAAAAGCAACGUAAUUAUAAUUUGUUUUCAAAUCAUUGCAUUUCAAAUAUAACAAUCGUUUAAAAACCGAAAAGUGAAAAUCUGAUGACAGAUGUCAUUUUAAGAGGAGUAGUUCAUCUGCAUGAUUGUCCCUUUUUCAAACCACAUUGCACGGAAUUUAUAGUGGGAAACAAACUUUACAAGAUUAAACAGGCGUUAAUGUAUUUGCUUUGGAGUUACUUGCCUUUUGUUUCUGUCCUUAAAAAAAAUUUGUUUCAUAUGAUAAAUCUGAAAAACCUCAAGUAUUUUCCUCAGAGGGUAUCUGAGUCCCUAGAGCAGGGAUAGGCAACCUUCGGCACUCCAGAUGUUGUGGACUACAUCCCCCAUAAUGCUCUUACACCCAUAAUGCUGGCAAAGCAUCAUGGAAAGUGUAGUCCAAAACUUCUGGAGUGCCGAAGGUUGCCUAUGCCUGCCCUAGAGCAUAAUACAUUCAGAAGUGUAUUGCCCACCCCCUCUUUUUCACAAGUAUGUAUCUCAUAAACAUCUGUAUCUAUAAACAUCAAUUAAACUGUGGUUGCUGCGUGGGUUCAGGGGCUGGUGUCAGGAUUAGCAAAAGCAAUUCCAGGCUGCAUGGUGCUUUUACUGCCUUGUAUGUGAUGCAAGCUGAUAGAAGCAGGCUUGUGCAGUUCAUUUGUACUUUGGAGCCAAAAAAGCAUAACAUUUCAUGUAUUAGGACAUGUAAACUCCCAUUAUAUCUGCUUAUCGCGUGAGAUAUGGUAAUAUCAUAUAAUAUCACUGAGUUCAUAUUUGUGCAAUUUAAUUAAUUAAAAUAUACCAUUAAAGCUACAAAGUGUCCCAUGUGCUUUGUUUUAUAAUAAGAGAUUUGUUUUAAAGAUAUUUUUGUGAUAGUAUCUAGGAGAAAACUACCAGCCCUGCUUGAGAAUUUUACACCUAAUUUCAGGUUUACUCUGUUGCUUUUAGGAUAUAUCUAUAGAGAGAAUAUAGUGUUUGUUAGCAGAGUGGCAAAGCAAUUGUAGGUAAAGUUUAAUACGUCACAUAUUUGUAACUAAGAUCUAUUGACUUGCAUGAAAACCAGAACAAUCUAAAUGUACCCUAACUGGUUAUUAUAGUUUUUUAUUAUUUGACUUGGUAUUGACCAUCUGUUAUGUGUUCCUUUUUCUACAGUGAGCUCAUCGUGCAGGAUUCUGAAGUGUAACUCUGAAUUCUGGUCUGCUACUUCCAACAACCAACAUCAGAACAGACCUGAAGACCCUGUGGAGUUCUGCACUGCACUGCGUACCUACGCUCAUUGCACCCGCCGUACUGCUCGCACUUGCAGGGGAGAUCUGGCUUAUCAUUCAGCCGUCCAUGGCAUUGAUGACCUCAUGAGCCAACACAACUGCUCAAAAGAUGGCCCAACUUCACAGCCACGUCUUCGCACCCCACCUCCAUGGGACAGCCAGGAGAGGUCAGAUAGUCCAGAGCUUUGCCAUUAUGAGAAGAAUUUUCACCGGCAUGCAGCACCUCCAAACUACACCCACUGCGGCUUGUUUGGAGACCCCCAUCUUAGGACUUUUACGGACACAUUCCAGACUUGCAAAAUACAAGGCGCAUGGCCUAUUGUAGACAAUAAUUACUUAAAUGUGCAAGUUACUAACACCCCAGUACACCCAGGUUCAUCUGCAACUGCUACAACCAAGGUAAGCAAAGUCUACAGAUGUGGUUACUAUGAUCAAUUCCAAGUUAUUCUACCAAUUUUGUAACAACAACAUUUGAUAGUAUAUCUGGAGAUAAUUUCUCAGUGAUCUGUAGAUGAAAUGUCUUCCUCAAAAUUGAGGGAAUACAGUUCUAUUAUAUUUUAUAUUAGGCAUCACACAAAAUGUUCAACAACACUCAAAUCAAUCCAUUAAUCCUCCACGGCAAUAUUCUAGAUUUUUGAUAACAUGAUAACCUUAUUGAGCACCAAAAUAGAUUGGAGCACUUAGUUUCACCUCAUCUUACAUUAAAUGCUUUCCACUACUGCAGUGAAAGCAUCUUAUUAUACCUGGGAACUCUGUCAAAGUUGGUACUGACACUUGUCUCUCUAGACCAAGUCAAUUUUCUUUAUAGGUGAUAACUACCCCGUUAGUACCAACUCAACCCAUUUCUCUUUUUCUUCUGCUACUCUUGCGUGCAGGAAGAAUUCUUUAUGCAACUGUAAAAUACUAUUGGGCAGGAAUGUUCCAAGUCUCUAGCAUACUUGGAGGGGAUGGGGGGCAGGGCGAUGACAGCCUUGCAGUUUUACCAGAUUAUCGGACCACAGCAUAGGUUAGGCAAGUUCUUUGUCCGGUCGAUUAUUGGAGCUUAUAAAACACACAAUACAGUAUGAGUGGAGGGGGCAGAGAUUUAAUAUUGUAUGUCACAAUUUUAUCCAUUCUCAUUGCGUGCUGCAAGCUAUGGGUUUUAUUCAUAUACUGAGCAGAGGGGAAUGCAUGGCCACAUGUUUAUCACUGAACACGCACAACCACGCCAAUACUCAAGAUGCAUAAUCCAAUCUGUGGACUGGAGACGAACAAAAGGUGGUGGCUGAGGGUGGUUCAGAGUUACAGAGUAGAAAGUGAGAGAGUGUGAAGACACACAAAAAAGAAAAAUUCCUGGGGGUAAGGUUGUAUGAGCAGAAAGUUUGACCUUGAGUGGCAAAAUACUCUAAGCAUACCUGUUUCAAGUACAUUUCUUAUUUUCUUAGUUUGCAGAUACAUAUUGUAUAGGCCAGAAUAUUGGUCAGACAUUCUCACCAAAGUUAUUAAUAAUAAAACAAAUUUAUUUCUUUUAACCCACUGGACAUUUUAAAUUUAGAGUUUUAUUUUUAGCAAAUGUGAAUAACCAGAGGGCAAUAUUUUCACAAAAUAAGGGUGUCUGAGUACAUUUAUGUUGAGAUAUUUUUUCAGAGUAUUAGGCACAUCAAAAAGUAGAAUAUUAGAUGAAUGGGAUUAACAUAGAUUUACUAUUAUACAGUAGUCCCUGCUUUUGUUUUACACGUGGAUUCAGUAUGAACAGUUUUAAUAAGGAUUUAAAAUUAAAAAUGUGCAUAAUGUUUAACAGCCAGCCUAAUUUCCUUCAGGCUGAGACUGUGAACAAUUUAUUUCAUUGUUUUUAAAUAGCUCUAAUUAGUAGAUUGAGAGGCAACCCUGCACGUGCAGGCAAUUUGUCUGUCUGGAUUCACAGCAAAUCAGGGGAAAGAGUUUAUAAUUGGUUUGUUCAUGGAAGUGGUUUCAUAAAAUGAUCAUUUUCCAUCUUUAGAUUUUGCCUACAAGUGGAAGCAUUAUUUCUUCAUGUGAGAAAAGGGAGAGGCAGAUAUAGCUUCAUGCUGCAGCAGGUAGAUGAUGUUUUAUUUACCCUGGGAUAGAUUGGAGAGUGACUUGCCCUGUCUGCUGAAUGGACAGAUACAUCUUGAUCCCAACAGAUACAACCUCAGAUGUCUUGGAUGGACAAAGCUGAUGAGAUCCACACAUGUCAAUUAACAAAAUCAGUUGCCGUUUCAUUUGGUGAUUACAGUUUAACCCUUUAAGGACCAAACUUCUGGAAUAAAAGGGAAUCAUGACAUGUCACACAUGUCAUGUGUCCUUAAGGGGUUAAGGUGAUCUUCACCUAACUUGGCAAUAAAGUUAAACUUUAUUUUUUUUUCAGGGAAACUACUCUUCCUCUUGCACAGAUUAAUUUUAACUGGGCUCCCAAAAAUGAAAAUUUUGGCCUUGAUUUGACACUGUUGGAUACAAUUUUAAAGUGAUUUAAUAUUAUGAAAAAUAUUUUAAUUUUGUAAACUUUUUAUUUAGUGACAUGUUUGUAUAUAUUCAAGAUAUAUAUUUUUUUUUCUGUCUUGAGUCUCAGUCAAGUAGGUGUAAGUUUAUCUUCCUAGUUCAUCUUCUCUUACAGAGUGAAUAGUUGUGAUAGAUCCAUAGUUUUAUUAAGUGUUCUUGCAUAGCAAGACCACUUAAUGUUAUCUCACAUAUAUAUUAUUCUUAUUCUUAUUAUAGCCAAAUUUACCACCCUAACUCCUCCCACAGUUUUUACACUACAUAGACAGUAAUAUACCGAAACAUGCGGAUUGUUCCCGAUCGGAUUGCUAUUACUUUGUGGAACUUUUCGCCGAAUGGUUAACGGAAUAUCAUCGUUCUUGUGGCGAAAUUGGUCCCAUAGGAAUGAAUGGCAAAAUGUUCAAAACUAGAGUGGGAGCUGGCAAAAGCUAAAAAAUCAGGACAUGAUUUCUAAACUGCCACCACUCCCUCAUUUGCCUACCUACACAAAUCAUAUAUCAAAACGUUCGCCUAUUCCUGCUGCCUCUAAAAAUGUCCACGGCUAUUUGUUUGACCAUUUGUUUGCAACUCACGCCGUCCAUUGACAUUCAUUGAAACUCCACUCUAGCCAGAUUAAACUUCAAGGGCAAUUUCUAAACUGCGGCUGUGCCUUCAUAGUUAAUAUUUCAGUGAAGUGAGGUAGCCAAUAGUAGAUGUCCACUUACUAUGAAUCAUGUACUAAUUAUUCAGGACGUUGUGGAACUUGUUAUACCUUUUGAGGUAUACAUAUCUGCCCAGUUGUGUAGAAGCAUGCGGUUGUAUGCAGUGAAGCUUAUUUGUUUUAAAACCACUUACUAUUAUAUAUUUACCAAGCUGAACUUUAAGGUUCCAGUAAUUCCACGGUUCUUAAAGAAAAAAAAUAGCAUAAUGGGAACGGAUGUCUCCAUUACUGCAACCAAACAUUAACUAGUAGCUACAAUAAAUGGUCCAUGUACAAUGAUGUUUGUCUGUCAUAAUACACAUUUAGGAUUUUCUUUUAUUAAGUCGAGAAUCAUAUUAUCAGUAAUCAUUAUAUAUAUAUAUAUAUAUUUUUUUUUUAUGGAAAAAGUAUACUUCUUGUGCAUAAAUUACAUUUCGAUUAAGAUAUCAGCAGAUAAGUGAGCCUUGUUUUGGGCCUACUCGCCAUAAUUCCUUGUUUUCUAGUAGGUCCUGUGGCAUUUUUAUAGUAAUCAUGGGUUCUCAAGGGGUUUAUAUAAAUCCUAUAUUCAAAGGAGGAGAGUUUCCACUUUUGAAUAAGAGGUCUCAUGAUCCCCAUGAUCAAUUUACAUAUAGUAAUUCGAUGUAAUUUGUAUCUUCAUAAAAGUCUUGAUUUUUCAGUAAAAAAUUAUUGUAACGAAUUUUUACUAAUCAUGUUUUUGUUUUUCCACUCAGCUCACAAUAAUCUUCAAGAACUUCCAGGAAUGUGUAGACCAGAAAGUUUACCAAGCUGAAAUGGAUGAGCUUCCUGCAGCUUUCAUAGAUGGUUCAAGAAAUGGUGGGGACAAGAGUGGAGCAAACAGUUUGAAAAUCAUUGAGAAAGUGGCUGGUCAGCAUAUUGAGAUACAAGCCAAGUACAUUGGAACCACCAUUGUAGUUCGACAGGUGGGCCGGUACCUUACCUUUGCUGUGCGGAUGCCAGAAGAAGUUGUGAAUGCUGUAGAUGACAAAGAUAAUCAGGGUCUUUACUUGUGUCUCCAUGGUUGCCCUCAAAAUCAACAGAUUGACUUUAGAACCUUCCAUUCUCAAACCCCUGAAACUGGUCUUAGAAAGCAUGGGGCUGGAUCUAAUGCUCCUUCAUUCACUCCUAAAAUGGCAGGAGCCAAGUGCAAAGAAAAACUUCCAGUAGAGGACCUUUAUUUCAAGUCUUGUGUGUUUGAUCUUCUAACCACAGGAGACGUGAAUUUCACCUUAGCUGCUUAUUAUGCCUUUGAGGAUGUGAAAUUAUUACAUUCCAACAAGGACAAAAUCCACUUGUUUGAAAGGACCACUGAUUUGGGACCUGGAAAUACAGCUUCUCAACAAGACAUGGUGUUUACGAAGAUACUAGUGGUUUUAAUGUGUUUGGUUCAGUGCAGUGCAGUGUUGCUGUGAUUUUUUAUAUGUUUACUGUGUAAAUCCUUGCGGGAUAAAAUGAGAUUAUGACUAUUGUAGAGGUGCAGUCCCAAUUGCCAAGAUGCAUUCCUUAAUUUCAAAGCACUCAAUGUAACAACGUCUACAUGAUCUAGUUUCAUAAUUUAUUUUCUAUAUUUAAUAGAUGGAUUUCUAUAUAUGAGAGUCUCUAACCAUACAUAUAUGGCAACAUGUUCUUGGAAUACUGACCUUGUUUAUAGAGUUUUAUACCCGUAGCUGUUUAUCUGGCCCCCAUUCCACACUAGAAGAAAAUAUAUGGAACUAAAUUGUUAGUCUUAUAUUGAAUGGUUUGAUUCAGAUUAAGAGUAGUUGGAGUUAAUCCAGUAAAAUGUGGAUGCAACAAAACAAUGUAAAGAAAAUAGAUGUUUUUGACUAGGAUCAUGCAUAUAUUUGACAUAAAACAACUGUUGCUAAUAUGUAGGUGCUUCACAAUUGUCACCAUUACCUAGAAUAGCUUAUAUGCAUCAAUACCUCAUUAACAGAACCAACAGUUUAUAGGCCCAUGGGGCCGGAAAACAGUCUCAUGGCAAACACGUGGUACUGCAGACAUCCGAAAGGCUGUGUACUGUGCAUUUGUGAACGUGGCUUUGUGUUUCUUAAUAAGCUGUUAAUGCAUGCACAGUUAGUGAUGCUCGCACAGUGUAAUACGCCGUAUCGGAAAUGGCCAGUAUAUCAAAGGGAAUGCAGAGGAGGUGUGAGUGGUUUUCAAAGUCCCAACUUCCACUUCUCUGCUGUUUGUUGCUACUCUAUUAUCUUUAUAGCCAAGAGAACGUACAGAACGUAAAUAAAGCUCUUGUUACUGGAGGGUUUCCUUCCUAUGACAUUACUUCAGUUUAUCCCUGCAGGAGUAGGAGAAGGUUGUUAGUCAUGUGCAAUCCCAAUAUUGGUUGGUUGCACACAUUGUAAGACAGUGUGAGUGAAGUCCAUCCAUUGGCAUUUCUGUAAUUUUACAGCCAUUGGGAUUGGAUCUCUGCAAGACACCCUCAAAGGAGAGGCAGUAGGCGCUGUGAUCCUCAUUACAGUAUGGCCAAUGUAGGAGAAGCAGUGGUGGGCAGAGUUCUGUUAACACAUGCGACCAUAGUGCACAACAUUUACUGGUGUGGCGUGGAGCUAUUAUACAGUGUAAAUACAGCCGUAGAAAUCUCAUGUAAAGCAAAGAAAUGCAAUGUGUCUUGGAUGUAAUUUAUGUUGUCUCUAAUAUAUGGAGCUCUUGUGGUGUCACUGUUUGUAUAUGUAUAUCUAUAUCUCUCUCUCUAUAUAUAUAUAUAGAUAUAGAUAUAGAUAUAAAUAGAUAUAUAUAUAAAGAUGUAAUUUGUUCCCGUGUAUGACACAACUACAAAAACUGCAUGUGUUUACUACUUUUUUCCCUUGACAUUUGUUUUAACUUCUACACUGUAGGUGUUAUGUCAGGGCUGGACAAUAUUUUGCCCUCUAAUUGCAGUUUGAGAUUACAACUCCUAGCACCUCAGACAGCUGAUCUAAGAUAACGAGAUAGUGUUAGAGAAAAGAAAACCUAUAGGAUAGUUCUGAAGUACUCUCCUAAUAGCCAUUACCCAAUGGGGCUAUCUGGUCAACCUAAGCUAAUGGCCAAAGGUGGACAGUAUGCUGGGAACUGUAAUCAUAUAACAGCUGGAAAACCUUGUUUCACCCAGUCUUACAUCAUUUGUUAAGUAAUAUUUUUCGAUGCGGUUACUUCAAAUGUUCUGACAGCCAGAGACAUGGUGUGCUGUACAUUUUGAGGGGAAAUAAUAGAAUAGCAUAAUAUCAUAAUUUCCCGGUACAUGAUAAAUUCUGCCUCCUUUUCCCCCCGAAAUACUGUUUUCUUAAAAGGGAGUAUGUCUUCUGUUAUUUAGAGUGGGUUAGCAUUAUAAAUGAAUGUUGUUGAAGUUAAAUUGAUCUUCCUCUAGUUGAUGCCUUUUUUAUGGCAUCAUUGAGUUUAAAGGGUUAGAUUGCAGACCAGGUAAAUGCAGACCUAGAAAAGAGUAGCUAUGUGUUAGCCCUUACCCUAUGUAAAUAGUGACACUGGCAACACUCAUCCCCUCUUCAUAGGAAAGUAUUAUACCUAAACCAUAGUGGUACCCAUUCCCUUCUCUGCUAGAGGUCCCAUAAAUAUUUCUUCUAAGAUAAAAACAGAUACCCAGCCAUUUGAAAUGAAGUAAUAUAUCACAAACAAAUUAAACAUCUGCCCUCAUUACAUCUGUCAUUUGCACUCAAUUGCCAUGCUUCUGUAUUGUAGAAACAUGUUCACUCACAGCUACUCAAUGAACUGCUUUUUGUAUUAUUUGUGCAUUUGUGUGGGGUCAACAAUCACACCUCAAUAAUCCGCUGCUCUUAUCAGCUCAGACAUUUAAUUUCUAUUGGAUUCAGUAGCUAAGAAUGUCUUGUAUGGCGAUCAGAUCGCCUGCCAUGUUUAUGAAGGUACUCUUUAAAUGUAAUCUGCAUUUUACACAUUACAGCCCUGCAGUAUGCAUUUAAGUGUUCCUAAAAAAAAAGUAGCCAAUAAGAUUGGUUUAAUCCAGAUAUGGGUAACCUUGGCACUGCCAGUGUAGUUAAAGUAAAUUCAUCACAAUACUCAGUGUUUGAAAUGUAGCUUGCAAACAUCUCCAGUGCCAGUUAGUCAUUCCUGUCUUGAGCUCUUGUCUGUAAAACAUCCUACUAUCUUUGAAAUUGAUAUCCACUCCAAAUUAUGCAUUUUUGGGCAUUUAACCUUUUUGUACAUAACAGAUCUAAUUCUGUUCCCACAACAGUGCCCAUGAUUCUAUAUGAAUUUCCUUUUACACACCCAACGUAAUACUAACAUUUGAUGUUGUGGUUCACCACCCUGAUUCCAAAUCACAGGAAAAAAAAUCUUUGCUGGAAAUCCCUGUCGAGUAAUGAAAAGUGAAGCACUUUAUUUUGGUUGUGUUUGACAAGUUAUCUAGUUAAAUGUAAGCUAAGAUAGACCCAACAGAUGUACAGAUAUUGCACAAGGGAAAAAGGGAAAACAGUUUUGUGUUCCUAAAAAUGUGCAUAUUAACAUGCCUCAUGUAGAUAAUGUAAAUUAUUUAUUGAAACAAAAUGCAAGUAAAGGUUUUUAACAUUGUCUCUGGUGUUCUGGUUUGAUUAUUGUUUGUUUUGUGUCUUAUUUCAAACUUGAUUCAGUUAAAAGCAGUCUCCGAUCCUCCUGUAUUUUGUUAAUUCUUUGAAUUAAAGUUACCUGAUCAUCAUGUAGGACAUAUAAUUGCUUGAUUGCCUUAUUUUUGCAUAGCAUAUGAUUCAUGCAUACUAUCCGGUAGUGUUUAAAACUGUUGCACAGCCUCAUGUGAAAUUCACAAGAUCUGAGACCCAAAGAAACUGCAAACCCACCCUUUUCUCUGAAACAGAAAUGUUUUACAUUGCAGAGUUAAGUGGACAGGGACACUGCACCCAGA